AUGGGCGCCCGGGAGGAGGAGUUCGGCCCUUCGGCCCUGGGCACCAAAGAGCAGUGAGUGCUGCGCCGCCGCGUGGGGAGCGGCUGGGCUGGAGGCACCGCGGGAGGCUUCGUAUUCCCUUCGCGACGUUUGGGCUGAAUCCAAAUCCCGUUGAUGGAGCUCGAUUCUCCUUGAAGUCAAUGGGACUCGACUUGCCUUUACUGCAAUGGGACCUGUAUUGAGCUUAAUCUAGAUUGGUCCUAGACGCCCUAAUUGAAUAAGUCCUCUGGUUCAGUGGCGAAACUAAGUGUCCUGAUGACUUGCCGGAGUUUCCCUCCACUUGCUUUUAAUGAUGUGCAAAACACCAUCACUACCAUCAUCAACGAGAAACCCACCUCGUUAUUAUUAUUUUAUUUUAAAACAACUUCAUUUGUUUUUAGACUAACCCCUGUUAAAAUGGUCAGCUGCACGGUUUCAGAAAGCAAAACGGAAAACGAGGCUUAAAUCUUGUCCUAUGGAGUAGUGUUGUAUUUUUUUUAUUUAAUUUAUUUAAAUUAUAUGUGAACAGUGGUUGCAUUCUGAAAUGCACAGCAUUACCUGCCAACUGCAUACAAAUCGGUGGAGCGGAAAAUGUGAAGUUUCUGUUAAAUGCAACUCCGUACAAAGUAGAGGAGGGUUACCGCUUGUGUGGCAACUGCCAUGGCAAUAUGAUUUUUAAUAUCGGCCCUAUGAAUGAAUUCAGAGUAAGUUUGUGCGUGUGUUGGUAAAGCUUUUGUCAACUGAUCUUCAUUAAGUUAAUAUAGGUUCAGGGCCUUUCUUGGGCCUAGAAUACUCUGGAUUGUGUGGUGUAGAAAUGGCACCUAAGGGCAUGUGCAGAAUCUCACACCUGGGAUUGGUGUGAGAGAGUUCUAGGUAAAAUGUGUGACUAUUUGGCUGGCUUGAACCAAGUGGUAUAUUUCAUUUUAGAAACUAAAGAUGUAAGUUUAGUUUAGAUGUGGUAUUCCUCUGAAUAACUAUGGCAAAGACUCAAGCAGGGAAAGUUGUGUUGCGCUUGUGUCCUGUUCACUGGUUUCCCAUAGGCGUCUGGUUAAUAAGUUUUGCCAGAGGAGCACAACUUCCUUUACUUGCAAAUGUUAAUUUGCUUACUUUUUGCAUAUGUAGGUUGUCAGCCAGUGUGCCGUGACACCCUGGGGCGACUUGUUUUUAAGGUUUGAAAACAUAGUCAUUGUAAGACGUGGUAUAUUUUAGGGGGUGGGGGGUCGAUAAAUCAUGCAGUGCUCUCCUGUGUAUACUUACUUGUAAGGAGGUAUUGCUGCAUUCGGUGGAGCUUGCUCUUACGCUAGUUGGCAUAUUCUGCAGCUUCACUGGAACUGGAUCAAGUUUUGGAUCAGUGGUGGGUAGGGUUAAGGUAAAGGAUGAGCUCUGGGUUUCUCUGGUAACAGGGUAGCCCCUACUUCCUUAUGUAGUCCUUCCUCACUAUUGGAUUACAAGAUAUGAAGCCGUUGCAAUGUUAACUUUCAUGUUGUUUUCUCCCUGUAGUUGGGAUGCAGCAUAUGAACGUGAACUGAAAAUUUUUAAGGAAAAUGGUGCUCCUGGUGAGAUCUGGCAAGUGUCAGUAACAACAUAACAUGCUGCAUUAAAUGUUUUUGCAUUAUUUUCUUUCUAAAAGUGCAUGCAAUAAAAUAAAAUGGUACAUCUGCUGUUUUGCUUAGAGUACUGGUAAUGUGAUGCAGAGGUUUUCAUUUAAAACACCAGCUCUUGUCUAGGCUAAACCUGUUGCAAAUUAAAAUAGCUAAUUAUCAUGUGGCAUCUGUUUUUUAUGUGGGAAAUGAAUUGCUGACUACAGUCUGCUUGGUAGAGGCCAAUUGUUCAUAUCCCUGAUGUUUGUCAAAAAUUGAAUAAGUGCAUAGACAAAGUUGCACUGCUGCUUUGUGUUUCUAUAGAUUAAAAAACAACAACACGAAACCCAUCUCAUCUUCUGUAAUGUUAACCCAGCAGGUUUCAGAGCCAUCCGUUCGCUUACAAAAUUAAGCCAAACUAACUUGCAAUGUGAUCCCUUGAGAUUGAUGCCAUCAUGAAGUGGAUGCAUUGCAUGAGAUUGACAAUGUUCGUUUGCCUUUGUUUUGUGUAGUCUAACAGUGUUAGUUACCUGAACCUCUGUUUCUGAUUAGGUUUGGUGAAGAAAGCAUGACUCGUUUAAUUAGAUGGAUAGAAAAGCAAAAGAUACCCCUGGACAGCUCUGUGCUUGACAUUGGAACAGGAAACGGUGUUCUGCUGGUUGAAUUGGUUGGUAUUUGUAAAUCUGGUGUUUUUCGAUGCAAAUCUAAAUCUAGUGACAGAGCAAGCAAGAGUUAAAACAUUAGUUAAAAUGCACAACGUCCAUGUAAUUUAACACUUCAGUGGCCUAUCUCCAUCUCCAUUAUUGAACCAUAGGAAUUUAUUCUGAAAAUGAAUUGUUACAGUUCAGUUGCAUAAAAAUUAUUGUGUAUGUGUUUGUUGCUUUAAACAUCCAAAAGUUUUUAUACUGCUUUGAGGGUUUUAUUUUACAAUUAAGCAGCGUAUAAAUGCUAUGAAAUAAAUAAAUAAAAUAUUAUCAAAAGAAGAAGCAUCACAAAAUCAGCCCGGAGUAUCUAAAAUGGUUUCAUGUCUUACACUGAAUUCUCAGUUUAUUUCCUAUACCCUUACUCUUACUCUGAUGAGAACCUAAGGCAGCUAACAAUAAAAAAUACAGCAUUAAAAAUAAAAGUAGAACUGCAGUGCACAAUACAACAUGCAAUAAUAAUCAGUGUUACAUUAUUAUACAAACAGUCUCACUCCAGUUAUGUUCCAAAGGCCUGUCUGAACAAGUAGGUCUUAAAUUGCUGUCUGAAUUAACAUUUUGUGUGUGUGUGUGUGUGUGUGUGUGUGUGUGAGAGAGAGAGAGAGAGAGAGAGAGAGAGGUUUUACAUCUCCUUUGUAGUGAGAUGUGUGACCUGACUUCAACUAGUAUCUGUCUUCUGGUAAGGUUGAUUUAAGACUAUGGCACUAGAAAGGUGAAAAAUUGAUUUUGCACACAUAACCACUUCUUUUGUGUCAGUGUUGCCUUUGAAAGCACCCCGUUCUGAGCCAGUUUAUGAAAUCCACAAAUACAUCGCUGUAAUAGUGUUCUGAUGCAACACACCGUAGUCUUUUCAGAUUACAGCUUGAACUCACCCAUGGAAAGUGUUCAAACUUUGUUAUGUAGAAAUAGUCCUUGUGGUCUUUCAUGCUUGCUUCCUUAAGCAGCCAAGGCAAUUUUAGCUUUCCUGAAUUUCAGCUCAAAUUAUCUUUUACAUUUGCCCAAUAUCCUCCAGCUGCUAUACUACUUAAAAUUCCAAGAACUAGAUUACAGCAAUAGCUUUAUUGGGCCAACCAAAUGUUACUAAACAGUGAGAAAGUUUUUGAGUUCUCCAGAACUUGUAUCAGGCAAAAUGGUAAACAAUACAAGGGGAAGAGGAGAGAGAAAAAAAGUUGACACCAAUAAAUGGUCUUAAGGUGGAAUGUUGCUGGCAGUAUUGAACAUAUAAAUGAAGCUCUGUUAGUUGCAUUGCUGAAUUUAAGUUGUAUCUGUGCUGCAAAGGAGAAACAUAAGACUGCUGAUCCUUCAUUUUUUAGAAAAACAAAAUCCGGUUGUUGCCCAGAUCUGUUUUCACCCUUAGGUAUAAAGCACCUUGGUAAAUGGAAAAAGGAACACUGAAAACUAGACAGCGCUUACAUUAACAAUUCUGGAGCCUAAUUUUAAGUGGUGGGCCAAUAUAACUACCUUUAUUGUUGUGUAUAUUGUUUCAGUGCUGUAGCCUGACACAAUGUGGCUUUUGGUGGGGAAAGAUACAGGGAAUAGCCUCAUCCAAUCCUCCCCCCCAAUAUUUGCAGGGUGAACUGAGUGCGGUUUUGGGAUCCCACAUGAGAUUUCCCCCUUUUUCUUCUCACAUGGAGUGUUAUCAGUAACACUUAAUGUUCAGCCUUGCCUUUAAUACAGUGAAUUAGCCUUUAACAAUUUUGUCAACCUAAAAAUUGAAAUGGAAUCUGAUUCUUUCAUGGGUCCUCUGGAAUAAAAGCAGGAAUAAAUAUAAGGAACUUAAGGUAUAGUGUAGGCCUGAAGCUUGGUUGACUUUUCACGGUGAUCUAAGCUAGCUGUGACUAUGCAGGACUGAAACAUAAGGAUCCCACAAAGGAUAUGAAGUUUAGAAGAAAAACAGAGCGAAGGUAUUGCAUGCAUGCAUCUGAGAUUUAAUGCUAUAAUAUCUCUCUUGUAAAAUAUGUCCUGCAGUUUAGCAUCUUUGAUGCACAAGUGCAUGAUCUUUGUUGCAUUUUCUUCUAUAACUUGGCAUUGUUUGCUGCCAUGUUUCAAUCUUGUACAGUCAUACCUCAGGUUGAAGUAGCUUCGGGUUGAGCGUUUUUGGGUUGCGCUCCACGGCAACCUGGAAGUAAUGGAACGUGUUACUUCUGGGUUUCGCUGCUCGCGCAUGUGCAGAUGCUCAAAAUGAUGUCACGCGCAUGUGUGGAAGCGACGAAUCGCGACCCGCGCACACACGGGUUGCAUUCGCUUCAGGAUGCGAAAGGGGGUCCAGAACGGAUCCCGUUCGCAUCCAGAGGUACCACUGUAUAGAUUUUCUUCAAAGUAAAUGCCAUGAAAAUCAACUAGUAAGCCAAUGAAACAUUUAGGGCUUAAUGGACUUUUCCUCUCUUUAGGCCAAAUCUGGUUAUACCAAUCUUACAGGAGUUGACUAUUCUUUGCCUGCAGUGCAGCUUUCAAAAAGCACAAUGGAAAAAGAAGGGUUGCCUCACAUUAAGUUGCAGGUAAGUCUUCAUGGAUGCAAAAUGAUAAAAUUAUGGGGAUAGGAGGGCUUUUCCUAUAAAAAAGGCUAAAAAUUUGGAAUAGCUUAGGAAAAAAAUAACUGAGGGAUGGACAUUUAUAAAAUUAGGCAUGUUGCAGUGAGAGCAUAAAUAGAAUUUUUCUUCCUCUGUCAUAAAGCAAAAGCCUGAGCCCCACCCCCCUUUUGAAAGUUUCAAAAGUUUCCUUGUGCGCUUCUUUACAUAGAAUUUUUUGCCACAAGAUGUUGUGAUGGGCACUAAUUUAAAUGGCCUUAAUAUGGGCUUAGACAUAUUUACUGAGGGAAGGUCUAUCAUUGGGUGUUGGUCAUGAAAACUACCGUAUUUUUCGCUCUAUAACACGCACCUGACCAUAACACGCACAUCGUUUUUAGAGGAGGAAAACAAGGAGGGGGGGAAUUCUGAAUGAAACAGUGGAUGUAUCAUUUUUGUGCUUCAUGCUGUGGCCACAGACAUGUGAUCUGAUGGUGAAUUUGGGGUGACCCAAUGCAAAAAUCCUGAGAAUCCCUGUGGAUCCAUGCUUUGUAAUCACGUUUUUGCACCAUUGCAGCCCCAGGCAACAGUGGGUGCGUGAUUUUUUUGGUGCAGGCUGUAGCCAUGGUCAUGCUAUGUGAUCUGAUGGUGAAUUUGAGGUGACCAAAUGCAAAGAUCCUGAGGAUCCAUGUAGAUCCAUGCUUUGUAACCACGUUUUUGCACCAUUGCAGCCCCAGGCAACAGUGGGUGCAUGAUUUUUUUGGUGCAGGCUGUAGCCAUGGACAUGCUAUGUGAUCUGAUGGUGAAUUUGGGGUGACGCAAUGCAAAGAUCCUGAGGAUCCAUGUGGAUCCAUGCUUUGUAACCACAUUUUAAGUUGGGAGGAAAGGAAAAACACAGAAGCGUCAAGGAGCACAAGAGGGGUGUGCAGAGAAGCAGCUGGCUAAGAAUGCAGGAGAGGGGUUUAACGGGUUAGGGAGGAAAGGAAGGCAAAAGUUUCCCCCCCCCACCCAAGCCAGCCAGCCCUCUCUCUCUCUCUCUCUCUCUCUCUCUCUCUCCACCCCCCACCUGCAUGUUUUCCGGCUGCCUGCGAGUCCCUAGACGCAGCAGCAGCACCGGAACACGGAGAGGAAUUAGAAGGAAGGACGCUCUGCUUUCCCCUCUGCUUGCCUGGAGGGGAGGGGCUUUCCCUGCUCUUUGUUCCGUUUGAGCAAACACAGCAACAAAACAGAGGAGAGUGGGCAGCAAGACCCUGAGGCAGAAUGCAGGAAAGCAGCAGCUUCCUUUUUUCAGGUUUCCCUUCUCCGAGACGCGCGAUUUGAUUUUUGCCUGAUUUUUGCCUCCACUCGCGCCACUCGGCUCCAGGGACCACACAUUCGCUCAAUAACACGCACAGACAUUUCCCCUUCCUUUUUAGGAGAAAAAAAUCUGCGUGUUUUAGAGAGAAAAGUACGGUAAAUGGAAUUUCCAAAGCCAGUCUUCAACUGAAUACCAAACGUUGAAAUUGGGGCAAAUGUCAGGCGAGGCUUUUUGUUUUCACACUUACCUAGAAGUUUCAUUGAACAUAGCGGGACUUUCUUCUGAAUAGGUUUGUACUGUGUAUGACCCUGGACCAAUUACUCCCAUAUGUGGAGAUUGCCUCAUCUCUUCUAAACUAAAAAGUGGUAUAAAAUGUUUUUUGGCACUACACGGAAUACAUUGCCUACCAGGUUUUGUUUACACAACCAAGAUUCAGAGCUUAUUCUUUCAGGGUUGUUGUCCUGUGACCUCAGUCUCCCAUGUAUGGGAUUAAGAUCUAGAUGUCUCCAUCACAUUAUAUUGCUGAUUUUAUGCUGCCUUACGUUGAUUUUAUGUUUUCUUUUUUUAAUUAGUCUGUAUUUUACUGUUCUUAUGAGAAGUGUUUUGUAAACUGCCCUGUAGAUGUUGUUGAUGAAUGAUGCAGCAACAACUAAACAAGCAAAUAAAUAAAAUAUCCCUGAAUGCCUGGUUUAGGAGUGUUCUGCACUUCUUUUCUUUCUAUGAUCCUAGGAAGGCAUAGGCAUAGUAGACCUGAUAGGAAAUAUUAAGUAAUGACUGCAGUAAGAGGUUUGACAGCUAUAACUACCUUCUACAGGUAGAAGAUAUUUUAAAUCCAUCAGAUGCAUUAUCAGACUUUCAGGUUUGCAUUGAUAAAGGGACUUUUGACGCAAUCAGUCUGAACCCAGACAACGCAGCACAGAAGAGGAAGCAAUAUGUGAAUUCCCUGCACAGAGUGUUGAAGCCUGGAGGCUUUUUCAUCAUAACGUCUUGUAACUGGACCAAAGAGGAGCUGCUCAAAGAGUUCAAAGAAGGUGAGUGCAUGCCUCUCUUUAAGGUAUUUCGGAUAUUAAGAUACAGUACUAGUGAGAGAGCUUUGUGUCCCGACUUAACCUGCUGAAUCGAUAUAGAUAGAGCAACCACUGCAAAGUUGUUCUAGGGCCGAUGCUUAAUAUGCUCAAUUGUGUGUGAAUUUCUGUGAAUAUGGUUUCUGCCUGAAUACUUGGAAUUCAGAUGUACUUUUUGCUAACCUGAGCCAUCACAGGCAGGUUGAUAGAGGAGAAGGCAUUCUUGCAGAUAAAUUAACCAAGUUUGUAUUUACAGAAGGUAAAUAGACUUUGGAUUUUCUGGUCCCCAAGCUGUUUUCUGACUCCAGAAGUAAUUAUUGACAUUGGUGGUUGGGGAAAAUUGGAAUUACUGGCAUGAUAGCAGCCUGUUGCCUGUUUAUAAUACGAGGACUAAAUCUUACCUUGGCAAUAUUGGUCAGCGAUAUAAAACAUACAAGUCUAUGGAAAAUGGUAGUGCCUUCUAAUUUGUCUGUGCUCCAUUUUGAAUUAAUAUAAGUAGCUAUCAAAUGAGGAUAUAGCUUCAUUUUUUCCUAACGAAAGCAUUUUUCUUAUGGUUAGCAGGCUUUCAUCUUCUGGAGGAACUGCCAACACCCACAUUCUGCUUUGGAGGAAGAACUGGAAACAGUGUAACUGCCUUGGUUUUCCAACAGAAAAUAUGAAGUUUUCUUUUUAGGUGAACUUUGGAUAAAAACUUCAUUCUAAAUUUCACUGACAUUUUGUAUAAAAAAAUACAGGUUUCAGAAACAGCUUUCUCUUAACUACUCCUUAUUGCAGUAUGUCAUUGUAUCAGCAUUUUAUACUACCUAAAAUAGUGCUGGCGCAAAUUAGGAACAGCUACCAAUAUUACUGAUGAUGAGACCACACCCAUAAAGGCGAUUUAAUAAACUGUCCGGCAAAGUCAAUUGCAAUAUGUGCAAAAAGUGAGGUUGGGGGAGGGAGGACACUUUGCUGAAGUUUGUAAGUCUCCUGUCCAGGUGCUUAUAAAUAAGAAUGAGGAACAUCGCAUUUCCUGGGGGGAAUUUUUGAGUGACAGGACUCCACCAUGCUUCCCCAUAUUGUCGGGGGAAUAUGGCCACAAAUUGAAGCUGUGAACGGAUUCAUCCUACCCAUACACUAUUUAAUUAAAGCAUUUUAAUUCUGAUUUUCAGCUGGAAAAGUUAUGACAGCAGUUUACAAUCUGAACGACACAGCAUAAAAGGGAGAGGAAAAAAAGAAAGGGGGCGGGGAGCAGAAUAAGUCUGCUUCCAGAUGGGUGGUUCCUAGUGCAACUCAAUCACUUCUCUUCCUUCAAAAGCUAUAAGCAGAUUGUAGCUGGCUUUCCAUACUGUUAGAAGUACUGUCCUUUCCCUAUCCUUCUGUGUUCUGUCCACUCUGGUGAUUGUGCCAGGGCUGCUGUGAGUGGGGCCAUUUGAGGCUCAACACACAUUCACAAUGCAUGUUGUGGUGGGUGCCAUUUUGUGAUCCAAUUAUUAAUCAGUCUUCAAAUUAGCAUUGAAACACUUUUCUAGAAUUAUUUUUGAAUAGAAGACUUAUACCACCAUAAUGUUGCCGUUUGUAAUAAUGGUGUUACAGUGCUGUAAUGCCACAAAUACAACAAUGGUAAUUUUAAAAGAGUUUUAAAAACCCUUAUGACGCCCUAGCCAAUUUUGCAACUGAAAUGGUUUUGUAACACAGUUUUAUGGUGGGACAGUGCAAUAUAUUUCAAAUAUUAUAGGUGGAAAUUAUUUUAGUGCUAAUUAUAGAUGAAAAUCGAUGGGAUUGUGAAACAGCACCCAUUGUAAAGACUUUACUGAAGGUGUACUGAGCUGCCAUAAGGUUCACUUGAACAAUUAAUCACUGCUGUCGAAACAUAAUCUUUUGAAAAGAUAGAAGGGUUAUUGUUAUACCUGUGGACACUGCACUUUUCUGUUUUUCUGAAAAACGUUGGACUUUCUGUGGUCUGAGAAAAGAUUGAAGAACAACAAAGAAAAUACAGGUUGACAGUGUUGGGAUGUCUCUGCCAUGCAGAUGCACCUUCAAAAAAACGUGGAUCAGACACAGCAUUUCCCACAUUUAGCAUCUUCAGGCACCAGUUAUUAAAGUUAUAAUAGUUACACCAUUGUUUUCCCCCCAGCUUCACAAAGUCUUCUUUUUAAUCCCAAGCCCUUGCCUGCAAACAUCAGAUACCCAUCCAAUUAGAUAUAAGGGUGCUCCUAUUGCCAUAAAUGGCCAUUUCAUGUGUGUUUCACUGCUAUCCUGGAAUGCAAAGGAUGCAUUACUGAGGGAAGAGUGCGCACUGCACAGAGGAGCUUCAAUACUGAGAUGGAAUCACGACAGAACUCCAGUUUGUGUUGGACCCAAAUAGUGUUGACCCUGUUUAUGUUAGAAGAAUCUAAAACUGAGAAUUCAUACGCUUCUUUCAUUGCUUAUUUCUCAGAGGUUUUUUGCUGAUAACUCCUGGUAUUCAGAAUACUUUUCCAGAUUCUUUACCCUGUUGUCUGAUUCCAAGCCAAAAGGGUAUUAAAGAAGAUGAGGAUGAAUGGCUGGUAAUUCCCCCAAAUCACCCAAGGUGAGAUUAUACCUCCAGACUGGAAAGGAAACUUGAGUGCUGGCCCAAGUGCUUGCUAGUUUUAAACCUGAUAGAACCAAAGGACGGUCAUGCAAGAAUAAAAUACCUGAACAUUUGCAACAGGACAGGCAACUGUCCUUUUCAAUAAGUGGGUAUUGAGAAUUGAUGUGUAGCACUAGCCUCUCUGCAUUUGAUUAAAGUAGCCCAUGAUGAAAGGGACGCGGGUGGCGCUGUGGUCUAAGCCACUGAGCCUCUUGGGCUUGCCGAUCAGAAGGUCGGUGGUUCGAAUCCCCGCGACUGGAUGAGCUCCCGUUGCUCGGUCCCUGCUCCUGUCAACCUAGCAGUUCGAAAGCACGUCAAAGUGCAUGUAGAUAAAUAGGUACCGCUCCGGCAGGAAGGUAAACAGCAUUUCUGUGCGCUGCUCUGGUUUCGCCAGAAGCGGCUUAGUCAUGCUGGCCACAUGACCCAGAAAAACUGUCUGCAGACGAACGUCGGCUCCCUCGGCUAGUAAAGCGAGAUGAGUGCCGCAACCCCAGAGUCGUUCACGACUGGACUUAACUGUCAGGGGACCUUUACCUUUUAGCUCAUGAUGAUCGCCUAGGUAGGAGUUUGAUUAAAAGAACGACGAGACAAAAGCUUUGGAUGCCCAGGAAUGGACAAAACCACUGAGGAACUAAUCAAGAUUUAUGUGAUUUAUGCCUUAUGUGGAAAUAUCUCAGAAGUCGUUCAUCAUUCUGUUAUGUCCAACAGAGGGCAUGCAAGGCCAGCAUCAGUGAGGCUGAACCAGGCUCAUUGUCAUGGUGUGAUAUCAUCAGCUCCCAUUGUCCUUCCCACCCCUACCUUCUACUACGGCUUUUGUGAGUAGCAGGGCUGCAGGUGUGGUGACCCAUUGCUCCACUAAGCCCCACCAGAGAAGAACAGAGUUUGGGUUGCACCCUAACCAAGCAACAGGUAAACAAAUGGCAAGACAGUAUGCCCGCUGACUACUUUUAACAAUAAAAUUAAGGGCAAUACUCCCAUUUACUAAAUACUGUACUUUUGCUUGAUGUUUCGGCUCCAUUAAAAAACUUGGACUGAUGAUGCAAACAGUCAUACUUAGAAGUAAGUCUCAUUGAGUUCAAUGGAGAUUAUUCCCAGUGGGUAUAGGAUUACAGCAUGAGGCUGCAGUCCAAUUAUAGUUAUUUAGGACUAAGCCUACUUGAAUUUAGUGGCACUUCUGAGUUAACAUGCACAGCAGGAUAGGGUUACAGGACUAAUUGUUCAGGAAAAUGGCACAGAAAACGUGUGAUUGCCCUACCCCAUCACAACUUUCAGAUAAACAACCCUGAGCAGAAGAAUGGAAGAUGGCAUAAGAGCAGCAAUGGAAGGAAGGAACACAAGUGGCUUCUGGGGCUUUUCUGUUGUACCAAAAGUUUGCUAGGGGAUCAGCAUAUGCCAGUAGGAGUCACUCUUGGCUUCUUAAUAGAAUUUAAAAUAAAUUAAUGCAAGGCAUCCUCACAACCAAAUAUACCAAUUAUUUAUUGCAGGUAUCAAUGUCAAUAAAAAUACAGGUGGCAUGCUUACCCUUACAUUAUGUCUGUUUAACAUAUUUUCUUGUUACAAUAUAAUAAAUUCAAAUACCAUGAGUCUCCUCAAGUUUGAAAGAACACAAAUCUGAAGUUAGCUAUAGCCAAAUCAAUUUGUUGGGCUAAAAUUGAAUUAUAUUGUAAGCAUGAGAACUACAGCUAAUUUUUAUAUUUUAGUGGUACACAGUUGAUGUAUUUAGAUAUAAUUGUCACAAGCAUAGCACAUGCCAAUUCAUAAGCCAGGCGUCACUCAAUAUACUAUGUUAAUUGUUCACUCUUAUUUUUAUUUAUUUAUAAUAUUUUGAACCAUCCUAUCAUCAUAACUGAUCUCAGGGUAGAGUACAAUACAAUUAAAAUCCAUCCAAAUUAAACAAUUAAAAAAUGCACCCAACAACAAUAGCAUACAAGGCAAAUAUGGUUAUAACCCAACCUUCUAUCAAUUCCUUCAUUACAGUCUUCACAUGUGCUACAUUUGUGUACAUAUAAACUGAUGGAACUCAGUAACUCAGAAGGAGAAGCGGAAAUGUGGAAUUCUGCACUCACAGAUCACACAAAAGUACCUCAAGCCGCAUGUUGUUGAGCUCUGCUUCGUAACAAGUGAUACCAGAAUUUAAAUUUGCCUAUUAUAAAAUGAUCCCAAACCAACUACUAGUCUGUGGAUUGCAUAUUCAUGAUAACUACCAAGCUACUGUUAUUAUAUAUAAGCCUGGAAUAUAUCACACUUUAAUAUAGCAAAGCUAUUUAAUCUCAUUUGUCCUCACAAUAACCUUAACAGUCCCAUUGUUAUUACCAUUUUAGAAGCUGAGGAAAAAUCUGUCUAUCCCAAGCCCAUGACUGAUCAAGGAUCUGAACACAGACUUGCUGUGUCUAAUUUCUGUAUUUCAGCCCUAAGCUUUUAGUUCUAGAUUUAUUUUAUUCUAUUUUACAUGGAAUAAAAGUAGCUCUGAGGUCAAAGCAGUGUUUUAAGCUAUAAUCAUAUGCACGCUUACAGUUCAUGCCUACUAAGAAGUAAGUCCUAUUGAAUUCAAUGGAACUUGUAGACAUGUGUGUAGGAUUGCAGCCUCGCCCUGGGAGUAAACUUCAUUGGAUAUGGUGGACCUUAUUGCCCAGUAAAUAUGCAUAGAAUGGAGCUGAACAAAUUAGCCACCACACCUUUAGCAAAAAGCAAAUAGAACUGUAGAGAAUUCAGUAAAAUUCUAUUUAGGGUCAUAUUUAUUCCAUCUGAUUGCCUGACCACCUAAGGCAGGGCUGGACUUAUCAACAGGCAGAUUGGGGUGGCCACCUCAAGCUGCAGAUCCUGGAGUAUGGGGAUAGUCACCCAGCUUGUUCCUCUCUGCUGGAGGACAACGGUGUAUCACGAGACCUGUUCUGAACCAAACCUUGCCUGGUACUCUCAGGAGUGGUGGACGAUGUGUGUCCAGGAGGGGGCACCAUCUUAUAUGGCUCAGGCAGCAAAAAAAUAAAAAAAAAAAUGGGGGCUAGCCUUGGCCUUUCUUCUAGGCAGCUCCUUAUUAUGGAGCUCCCUCCAAAGGAAGAUUUGGCUGGCCUCUAGCCUCCUUGGCAAAAAUGUAUGCUUUUCUGGAGUGUUUGCUCUGUGCUGCUUUCUGCUUUUUAUUUUCAAAACUUUUAUGGCGGUCUAUGUGUUUUUAUUAUGUCUAUGGUAGGAUUAUUAAAAACAUCAACAACAAAACCAACAAGCCAAGGUACUCCGUGUCUCUUUCCAUUUUGCCCCUCCAAUGUUAUAAAUUAGACACGUUUUGAGAACUGCUUUCAACUGGCAAAAAUAAUAAUAGCAUUUUCCAUUGAAAGAGCGGGGAGCUGGGUACAAUCAAGACUGAUUCAGCUGCCCAAAAAUAACACAGUCAGUUACAUGCAAUGCUAUGGCUGGGAGUUUUUUUUUGGGUGGUGGGGGAUUUUGCCCCAGCAUCCCUGUAAGUGACUGUAGACAUCACGCCUCUUAGUUACUCUGAAGCAGCAAGAGGUUAUUGGGGGCAACCAAGAAAACAGACACCUGCCCUUUCCUCCAAAUCCAGACUGACCACUAACCACUACUCUAGGUAUUAGUGCUUAGCUUCUAAGGGUGCGACCCUAACCUCACUUACCUGGGAAUAAGCCUCAUUGCACUCUGCGGGGCUGACUUCUCAGCAGACACAUUUAGGAUUGUGCGGUCAGAUGUGAAAAUCCCAGGCUUUCCAAACCUGUCCAGGAGCCCCUGCCUAACCUUUGACCUGGAAGGCCUUCCCUUCAUCCCGGAUGUGCUCAGGAGGGAUGCAAAUGUGCAUGUUUGCAUUCAGCGGUGCGAGAAAGGAGGAGAAGCAGCCCCUAGCCGUUCCCAAAUGCGCUCUCCCUGCUGUUCCUCGUCCCCUGGUUGUUGCAGUAAAUAAGUGUCCGGGGCCCGUGGAGGAAUCGCCUGAAUAAUAGGAACUCUCAUCGUCACUUAAACAAACCAACCGCGAGAUGCGAUGCCGGUUUGAUGGCAGAGGCCCUGCGCUUUGACCCGAACCGAUAAUGUGAAGCAGAUUGGCAGCCGGCGAGAGACUCUUGCAGACGCCCCGGUCACAAACCCGCCCGUCCACCCCCGAGCUGCUACUCCGGCUUUAAUGCAACAAGAGCCCCGUAAGAGAUGAAGGCCGCUUCCAAGCCUUCGCUUUGCAAAGGCUGCUGCUGCUGCUGCCUCUGCCUCCGCCGCCCCUUCCUUUCAUCCCCCCAGAGGCUACGCAGUCCGGCCUGCUAACAGCAAUCGGGUGGUGGUUGCUGCUGCUAUUGGUGCUUGCAAGAGACUUGCAAUUAGCAGGAGCCCGGCACGAGCUCAGCCCCGCGCCUUUCACUUAUUCACUUAUCAUUUUAUUAUUUUAUUUUAAUUCCAACCCCCUCCUAUACUUUUUUUUUUUUUUAAAAGCAAGCCGCACUCGCUGAGAAAACAACCCAGGAAGUGACAAGCCCAUUUCCUUUCUCCGGGAGGAUCAGUCCAAUACAGCACCGCCGUUUCGGCAGGGGAGUCCUGGCGCAGCCUUGGCAAGAUUGCGGAGCUUCCCGCAGGCACACACGCGCGGCGGGGCGGCUUGGUGACGCGGGGUCCCAAGUCCUCUAGCCGGGGUAAGAGAAGGUGGCCUCUGAGCGCUUGCACGCGGACCUUCCCUUCUGCAAAUCCUCUCUCCACCCCCCGUCUUUCUCCCUCGUUGGUCUCGUCCUGGGCAGAUAUUGUUACAAUGUGUAGAAUAGUAGAGCGGAGACACUUUCAUUCCCCUCUCGGACAGAGAGAGAGAAAGAGAGGCUUUCUUGAUGGCUUGAGGUGGAAGCUAUUUAUUAUCUGCUAUUUCCUUCUCUCCCCCCCCCUCCUCCUCCCUCCUCCACUUUUCAGUUUUUAUUUUGUUGGUGUUUGGGAAAUUCUGCUCCCACUUCCUUGCCGGUGCCUGGGAUGAGGAGAUGACAGGAGCGAUCAGAGACAGGGGACCAAGUUCGUAUUGCUGCUACUGCAAAGGCUGCUAUUGGCAUUCCGGAAAGGAGCAAGCGGGGAAUGCACGAUGGUGAUUGAUCUGGGGUGUGUGCGUGCGUGUGUGCUCCUUUAACCCGGUUUCUAACUCCAUCGUUCUGGGCUGUCAUUAUCAGCAAACAAGAGAAGCGAGCUUAGAGAAGGGACAAGAGGUUGGGGGGGGGUGAGUUUAGGAAUUAGCAUUUUGUUUAUUGAACUUUGCAUGUGGUCAAGGAAAAGGCUGCCUGCCCUGAUUGAUUGAACUGAGACCAGGCACUGGGGCUGCUGCUAACCAACUGGAAGUGUGUUAACAUUUCCCCCCUCCCCCUCCUAGCUACCCACCCCACCCCCCUGGUUAGAUAUGUUUCUUUUCUGUUUCUUCUUUACGUAGCAUAACUAUAAAUAUGGUGAUGAUAAUUUGACGGGAGUGAGACUUUACUGUAUGGAUUGCAUUUGCACAUGGCGAAAGAAUCUGCCCUUGAAAGGCUCUUUUAAAGUUAAGAGUUUUGCAGUACGUCAUUGAUUUGUCAGCUAUAUGAGAGUUUAGUCCUCAGGCUUCAUUUCUCUUUCCCCUUUCAUGAAAAUGUAGAAGUCGGCCUGGACACAAGCAGGCUGACAAACGCUUCGUUAUUCAUGAGUGUUUUAUAUCUCUGUUCAUAACAGCAGUUGCCAGCAGUGUUUAUGUCUGUAUGUCCCAUUUGCUCUUGCACCCCAUAUUUUUCACAUUUUAUUUUUAGCUCUUUUUCUUGUUUCCUCCUCUGGGAUAAUGUUUCUGCAUACUGUGAGCCUCAGUGAGUGUAUUGUGCAUAUACUUGCAUGAUGAUUUUGUUAUGCUUGAUCAAUGGAGGGCUGUCAUAUUCUAUGCUCCAAACCACCAUUAUAUCAGUGGCAGUCUACUCAGAUGUGACUUAUAUGUUUGCAUGUAUUCAGAUAGCUUAUGUUUCCAUUAAAACAAGCUCAGCAUGAAGUUGGAUUUAGUAUUCACUUUUUGGGGGGGGGUGUAGUAUGACUAACUAACAUAACCAGUUAUCUUUUUUUAAAAUAUAAUCAUAGAUUAAAUGUGUUACUUUCCUGAAUUCUCAGUUACAUCUUGCUUUUACAGAGCCUAGGGGUGGCAUUCAGCUAAGUUUUACUCCAAGUCUGUCAACGUGACUAAGUUAAAUUCAUUAAUUUCAAUGUGUCUAUUCUGAAAAAAAAGCGGUUGACCACCCCCCUGGGUUUCUUAUAAAGUUUGCUUUGAGUAGGUAAAUGGAUGUCAUAGUAUUGAUCAACUAGCAUGUUAAUAGCAUUGUACGCAUAAGCCAUGUUACAAGUAUUGAUGAAAGUAACAGCACUCCUUGUUCUUCAGUGUGUCUUGGACUGUAGUUUUUGUGUGUGUGUGUGUGUGUGUGUGUGCUUACACUCUUCAACUGGUGGUGCAGGACACACUAGUGGAUCACAGCCUGAGCCAAGGUGGGCCACAACAGGGGCACUAUCACUAUGCAAAAAGAUCAAUAAAUGGGUUCCCAAAUGCAUGUUUGGGUUAAAGGGAAUACCUGGGUCUGUAAAGUUUCUAGACUCCUGCUCUAGAUGAACUUUGUGUAGAUCAGAUAUUUGGUAUUAGAUUGGUUAACAGUUUGCAGAUUGUUAGCACUGUAAAAGAAAUCUUGAGGGAGACUGUAAAAUCUGGAGCAGACUCCUCGGUUUCACAGCCCCUUUUUGGAUCAAGGGAAAUGGUGCCUUUUGCUGAGAUGAUUUAGGAGUGUGCUCUCAUAUGUAGUCUUGGCAGCACAGCAGACGUAGGCUGCUUGAUUACAAGCUCUGCCCUGUGUUCAGGAGACCACAGUGCAGUUUGACUAUAGGGAAAAGAUACAAAGCCAACUAAGCAAGCGAUACUGUGAGAGAACAGGCAUGCAACCAGAGAAUGGUACUAAUUAUGAAAUUGGAUGCAUAUUUGUUACAGGAUUAUGCCCCACCCCCAGUGCGAAGAACACCUUACAUUUGGCUUCACUGAUUAAUGUUAACCCACAUAUUCUUACUGGGUUAACGAAAUAAUUUAUUUCCCUUUUCUAUCAUUUUUUUAAAAAAUAUCUGAACUGAGGAAUGGUUCUGUUAAACAUAAAUGAUUGCAUAGUAACAAAAAAAAUAAGAGUGCUGGUUGUUUUUUUUUUACUGCCCUAUGAGACAAUCCUAUAUAUGUUUACUCAUAAUUAAGCCCCAUUGCAUUUAGUGGGGCUUGCUCCAUAGUGUUUAAGAUUUCAGCCUCUGUUUAUUUGGGUUUUUCUUGCAAAAGCCUUCACCAAUACAGUGGUACCUCGGGUUAAGUACUUACCGGUAAUUCGUUCUGGAGGUCCAUUCUUAACCUGAAAGUGUUCUUAACCUGAAGCACCACUUUAGCUAAUGGGGCCUCCUGCUGCCGCCGCGUUGCCGGAGCACGAUUUCUGUUCUCACCCUGAAGCAAAGUUCUUAACCUGAAGCACUAUUUCUGGGUUAGCGGAGUCUGUAACCUGAAGUGUAUGUAACCCGAGGUACCACUGUACCUGCUAGAUUAUUUUCCUAGAAUCUGAAAUGCACAAGAAGACCUUUAUCAGGGACAAUCCAGUAAGGACAGAUUAAACAACCUGUGUUUAUUUGAUAAGCAAUUAGGUAUUCAGCCAGAGAAUGGAGUUGAGCUUUGCAUUUUGAACUGAAACAAGUUAAAUUUUCUCUCCACGUCAGUUGUGUGUAGCUAACGCAUUUGGAGAUUUGAGUUAAUAUCUACUUUUUUCAAUGAAGCUGACACACUGUUCCUAUUGCCAUGUCUUUGCAGGGUUCUUUUUUGAUCGAUGCAUGAAAGUGUAGGUGAGACUUGAAAGCUGAUGGAUGUUUCUCACAGCCAGAUUACUAUAUGAUGGUCCAAGGAGUAUUGGGGAGAUGCCCAGGACAUCCUAAAAUUAUGCAACUCCACUCUUACGUGAUUACCCAUCCAUCUAUAAAUUAAAUAGUUUCUCUCUAGUAGUUGGCAUACUUCCAUAUUUCCUAUUCAUACUGAAACUACAUUUUAGAAGAUGUCUUCCGAAUCAUAGGUUAGAAAUAUUCCAAAAUUUGGUCUGUAGAACUGCAGAACUGUAGAACGUAAGGAAAAAUAAUGUUGUUAGAUCCAACUGACAGUUGGAGAGCAAUUACUUGACAAGGCUGCAAAACUAUGGGCAACAGACUUCCCUUGCCUACUUGCUCAAUGGAAAUCCACUUGCAGAAAGGAGUUUCAGUUUCUCUCCUCCAUCCUUUUCACGUGCCCUCAAAUCUGCUUGGACAGAAUCCAAAUGCUCCAGAGUAAAUGUUGGGGUUCAAAGGGGGGGGUGCUCUGACCCUGUCUAUUUUGCCCUUUGCUAUACUGUACCAGAGUCCAGUUUUCAGCUGGGUAAUUCAAUUGGCUGAUCUGAUUUUUUAAAAAUAUUAAGUGGUUUAGAAAUGCUUUUAAAUAAUAUUACACUAAGAUAACAAUUUCUCUCCAAGUAAUACAAUAUGAAAUAAUUAAGGUUUAGUGGGGCACAGUUUUCCAUGUAGCUAACACAUGUGUCCUUGGAAACCUUUGGCCACUUUCACUCAGAUUGGAAGUAGACUUAUCUCUAUAGAGAAAUUAUGUUUAAAGCAAGCCACAAUUUAUUAUGUAAUAUGUUGAUAAAAGGAGGCUUCAGCUUUAGAUUCGACCCAGAUGUUAAAGGUUUUCUUUCUAAAUGCUUUAAAAAUAAUAAUACUGGUGAGCAUAAAUAUCACACCAGGUUUAAAGUGACUUCCAAGCUGCAGAAAGUAAUGUUGGCUUGCAGUAAUCAGGAUUUAAAACAUUAUCUACUCCAGGAGCAUUUGGUCUCUCCUCCCCUCCUUCUGAAAUCCUAUUUAAUUCCAUUCACUUCUCAAACACUCAAUUUUCAUGACUCUGCUUUGAAAGAAUGGUUUGCUUUACAGUCGUGAUAUACAUGGUGUCAGUGUGGCCUGACCUACCUCACUUGGUCAUAUGCUUUACAUCAUGGCUUUCGAUAUUUCAAGGAAAGAAAAUGCUUCUAUAUCCACUUUCAACAAAUAAAACGCACACGGUGAUUUCGUAGGUGAUUGGAGAAGUGGUCAUAUAAAUGGGCUAGAAGUAGAGCCAGUGGAGUGAUCAAUAAAAUGUAAUAAGUGAAAUGCAGCUCAUGUUUGUAUGGCUGCCGCUUAAAAAUCUGGCAUAGAGAUUGUUCUCCUGUCUUCUUCAGAUACCACAAUAUUUCCACUGGUUCAUGAAUGGUUGCUUUGCAUUGAGGUAGUACUACAUACACAGAUAUGUGUAUUGAAGCUGGGCUUUGUACGUAUUCUGCUUUAGAUUCAGUUCUUUCCGUACAAUCUUGCAAUAUAUUUAAUUCUGUCCCUUUUUUUCUAUUUUUGUUGUCUUAGUAUUUAUUGCACAAGCAAACAGUGUUUUACAGAAUAUAUAAAAAAGCCCUCAUUCUGUUUAAAUACCAAAGAGUCUUGCAGAUCUUUAAGGUGGCCUGAGGCCCUUUUAUGGUCUAGACUCCACUUCAUCAAGUAGUGGAUGAAUGUUUCUGCUGUAAAACAUUUGUCAGGUUUGCCAGGGGCUCUGUUAUUUUUGCUACAUAGUUGUACCCUUGGAAGUUUUGUUGGUAAGGGUGGCAGUGGUUAAUUUGUGCCCCCCCCCCCCGCGUGUUGCUGGCCUACAACACCCAUCUCUUAAGAACUGGCCUUGCUGCCUGGGGCUGAUGGGAACUGGAGUCCAAGACAUCUGAAGGGUCAGAUGUUAACUGGUCCCAGCUUGGAGGAAGUGCUCAUAUCAAAUCAAAUAGUGUAUCAAGGAGCAAAUGCAUUCAGAUGCCACUACAUUUUAUCACCCCGAGCAUCUCACAUGAGAAAGAUUUAGGACUAGCUGUGUAGAUCUUCUUCAGUUCUUUUGGAGCAGUUCAUUUAAGGAGCUACUUAAUUCAGCCUGUUUGUGGAUGCAUGGAAGUCUCGUUAUACAAAAGCAGGAUGGAGGCAGAAUUGCUACGGUCAAAGUAGAAAAACUUGGGAUGUUUGAUUUGCUUUUGUUAGAGAAGCCCUUAUCACAUUGCUUUUUAAAAUUUGGUGUGUGUUUGGCCUGCUUUACUAGUGGUAGGUGUGUUGCUGUGACAAAAAAGAUAACUGUACAAGCACAGCAAGUUUGACUGUACUGUGGCCAUGAUGUUUACUGGAAAAACCAUUGGGUGUUUGCUGUUAUACUGUUAGCCCUAGGGCAUAGUUUGGGUCUGAAAUGGAGGGAUGGGCAUGAACUAGCUGGAUGUCAGGCACCAGAUUAGGCAGACAGGAACCAAGGAUAAGAGACAUGUGAUGUAGUCACGAACAGGCUGGAGGUCAAAUACCAGAUUGGAUAAAGCAAAGUGGGGCCUCAUAUGAGAUGAAGUGUGAGAGAGAGUCUGUGUUAUGUACUAGGACGAGUUGCUGACACUAGCAGACCAGCUUAGAAAGAAGGGAUUUAUAGGGCCUGGUGACUUUCCACUGUGGACCAACACCUGGACAGCUGCUUCAGCCUAGAAGGAGCCCUUGCCCUAUGACUAGCCGGAUCCAUCUGUCUGGCUGAAGGACUAGAGUGCUGGUGGCUGCUGGAGGCCAUUUUUAAAAACCUUUGCCAUUUGCCUUGUUGCUUAUGUUUAACUUCUUGUAUAUCAAAUGAACCUGCCCACAUAGAUAGGAAAUAUGAAUAAGCAACAGCUUAUUUCUAACCUCAGACUAGCUUCUCCAGAAAUAAGACAAGGGCUAUUGAUUCAGACUUUUUUUUGCUAUGACAGCUUUUUACUUGAAUGAUGGAGCCAAUGCUAUGACUACCCCAACUUAAGCAUUUACAAACAUUUUUGUUAAAAUUCGGGUAAUACCGGGGAGAUCAAAACCUGAUUUGAGGGCAACUGAAGUGCUUGACUUUUCUUCUCACUGUCGCCAGCCCACAAAGUGAAACAAAUAGCAGAAUAUGUGCUGUAAUAAAAUUUCGUUAUUGGAGCAAGGAGCAGGGAGGAGUAAAUAGGACAGGCAUUAUUCUGUUUAAAUGAAGUCACUGUUGGCAAAACAGAAAGUUAUUUGACUGGGAAAUAUUCAGUGUCACACACACACACCCUGGCAGUCCUAGUUGCCUAGUUUUUUUAAAAAGUUAAAUUUGUCAAUACAGCUGAAAAGGUUUGGAUUGGUUUUGCAUAUUGUGUGUGUGAGAGAGAAACAGGGCCUGCUCUGCUAUUUAGAUGGCUGAGAUGGGCAACCACAGAAAGCAGGUUUUAAGGGUGUUGUUAAAGGGCACAUUGUCAAUUACUUCAUUCAUUUUAAUAUUUAUUUACUGCAAUGGAGGAACCAAAUACCAAAAUAUAUUUUGAGGGGGGAAAGUUGUUUAUUUCUAAACACACUUUUACAGUAGUCAUCUCAAAUAUCAUGUUGUUUGCAUACAUUUAAAAGCCAUGUCUCCAUAAUACCACAUAGAUAGAUAAACUUAAGAUCCAGUUCACUCACAGAGCUGUGUAAUUCAUAGCCCACCGGAGAUUGUUUGAGCUAAACCCAUUUUAGAUAUUCAUGUAACUAAGAACAAGUCCAAGUCUCAUGUUGCCAAUUCACAUAUGAAUUCCACAUACAUAUCCAUGUAUGUAGGCAGUUGCUUAUUUACAUAUAUAACUCUUGAAUCUGGCCUAAUGUUUCAAACCAUGCCUGCAUUAACACUUCCUUUUCUUGAUUAGUUAUUUUCUUUCUGGUAUGACAGAGACUGAGCUCUAAAGAAGUAAGAGAAAAAAGGCCGACCAGCUCAUAUAUUUGCAGUUGGAACUAAAAAUAUUGUGCUAUUUUAUUCUUGUCUAAAAAUUCUUUUUUAAGGCUGAAACAUCUAAUAUAAAUUAAUACAUUGAUAUUAAUUAUAUUGAUAAAACAAUGUAUUUUAAAAGUUAUUCUUCCUCUUUCACGAUGUUCAUACCUUUUAUUCCAUUUUCUCCACCAGGUAGGAGCGGGACCAUGGCAGAAGCCAUCUCUGGUGACUAAGGAAACAAAGAACAUCGCUGAAGGAUUUUGGAUACCUGUGCAUUUCAAAGGUAUAUGAAAUACAUAGCCACAUAUAUUUCUAAAGUUGUUUUCACCAUCUCUUACUAGAAAGGAGGGUGUCAGGCAGUAUAUACAUGAUGGCAAAUGGCUGGGCUCUUUGUAAUGACCUGUAAGGAACAGUAUAGGAAUAAAGUGUUUUCAGAACCUUCCCUUUGGAAGCCUCAAUGAACAUUAACCAAUACAAGUUACAGCUUUGAAUUAAUGAAUUUGGGUUUCAUGGAUUAAUUCGACUCUUUCCUUGCACAUUGAAACAAUGUUCUAUUGAUCUAGCGUUGUCCUUUGGGCAAAACGUUCAACAUGGCCUUGAGAACCGACUUCAAGUUGGAGCGCGGUCACUGCCUUGCUAGGUGUCCUCUCUGAAGCGCCUUGUGACGCAUGCUCUUAUCUGUAAAAUGCUAACAAAGACAUAGCUUUCAUUCUCACAACUCAUUCUGCAAGUUAUCAUGAUUAUUAGCUUAGCUAAUACAGUUUCUGCAAAAGCUCAUUUGAAAGCAUAUUGCGUACAAAGUAUCACCAGUGUUUCGGGCCCCCCAGCAAUCUAGCAUGCAUGAAUUAUAUCAUCAAGAAGUAUAAAACCCUUAAUCAAAUGAUCAAAGGUCUUUGUAAACUUUGCCCAUAGAGCUUCCACCUUGAAAAAGAAGAUCUGAGUUGGUAUUAGGAAUGCUUGGGUAGCUGCCGGGGACACAGCACCCUGGCAAGGCUCACCCCUCUUGCUUUUUGCACUGGACUGACACUUCCAGCAGCUAGCAUCACUCUGGGGCACUGUGGAAAAUUAAAAGACCCAGUUGCCCAGUGCUCUUGGAAUUGCUGCCACCAACAGUCAGGUAAACCUACCAGACAGUCACAGUGCACAAAGUGGGGUGCUGCCACUGUGCAGGUUACCUGGUUGCAGUGGUCCUGCUGCUCACCAGGAUCUGGAUGGGAUGAGAUAAGGCAGUGCCAAGGGCAGAAGAGACUGAGCAGCUGCACCGCCACAAGUUGCCAGUCUAGUGCUUCCUUUGCCCUUGCCACUGCCUUGCCCCACCUCGCCCCACCCCAGUGUUCACAAGCAGCAGCAUGGCCAUAGCUAAAAAGCCAGUGCAGUGGCAGCACCACAACUACUACUUGCUCCCCCCUCAAACCUGGAAUUAGCCCUAAGAGAUAGAUUUUCCACAAGUAGGGUUCUCAGAUGCUCCCUAGCCUACCUUAUUUUAUUUUACCCUCGAACUUGACACCAAAGGUACCGUAUAUAGUCGAGUAUAAGCCGACCCGAAUAUAAGCCGAGGCACCUAAUUUUAGCACCAAAGACUGGGAAAACUUACUGACUCAAGUAUAAGCCGGUUCACCACACCACAAACCUGGUGGUGGCGGCAGCGGCGGAGGAAGAACAACCAGCCUGAAAGGGCUGCUUUGGGGCUGCUCGUCCCUCUGCCGCCGCAUCUGCCGCUCGCAUGAGCAGGCAUAGGAGCCACGGUUGGGAGAGGCACAGCGCCUCUGCCUGACCUUGCGAGAAAGGGCUCCUUUGGGGCCGCUCGUCCCUCCACCGCCACCGCCCAUCUCACUUGAGUAUAUGCUGAGGGGGGCUUUUUCACCAUAAAAAAUGUGCUGAAAAAGUUGGCUUAUACUCGAGUAUAUACGGUUAAGUGCUUUAAUUCGAAAUCAUCAAAAGGUGCUGAGCUCUUGUUCCUUUGAUUACUCUCUUAAAUAUAAAGCUUGUCACCUUAAAUGCUUAUCAGUUAAGUGUGCCUGUGGUCCUGUAUUUCUGUAUAAAGGUGUGCCCAAGCACAUCAAAAAGUGAGAAAGGAGCAGAUUGUUGACACCAGUAAUACUGAUAUCAAAACCUGUUCCCAAAUUGACAGUGUGGUUGCCAGAAUGCUUACUGGGAGAGUGAGAUGGAAUCUCAUUGCACUGAUUCAGAAGGAGUUAGAUUGGUUGUCAGUUUACUUCUGGGCCAAAUUCAAGAUGCUGGUUCUUAUCUAUUAAGCCCUAAAGGGCUUGGGACCCCAGUACAUGACAGAUGACCAUGUUUUAAAACUCUUAUCUGUGUCCCUUUGUCAGGGAGGUUCAGUGGUGCAUGGCAAUGUGGAAGAAAGCCUUCUCUCUAGGGAUGCAUCAUUUGAUGAGCACCUCCCCUCAGAAGCACACCUGGCUCCAAUAUUGUUAUCUUUUCGGUGCCAUCUUAAGGCAUAUUUGUUUGCCCAGGCAUUUUAAUUGGCUAGUUUAGCCUGCUGUCUUGUUUCAAUCUGCCCAUCUUAUUUAUUGAGGUAUUUUAUGGUUUUAUUAUGGUAUAUUACAUUUGAUAUUGGGUUUGUUUACAUACAUGUUAUACCAUGUCUUGGUAAUUACAUAGAUGAAAGUUGGGCCAGAAAUACUUUUACAAAAAAAUGAAUGAAUGAAUAAAAAUGUUAAAACUCGGAUAUUUGAAGAAAAUACAUAGUCGAGCCUUUCUGAAAAUGCUGUCUCAACGUGAGUCAGAUCAUUGGUUCCUGUAGGACAUUAUUGCUUACCGUAACUGGUGACAAGACUCCAAGGCAUUGCGAUCAGAGAUCUUUUUAACUGGAGGUUCUGUGGACUGAACCUGGGACAUUUCCACAUGCAAAUGUCGUGCUAACUUAUGGAACCUCCUCUAAGCAGGUCUAAGGUACAGGCCCAUGCCUCUCCUUCAGCCAUGGAGUCUGUGGUAUUUGAACACACAGCUUCACGGGUGCAAACUGGUAACAAUGCCAGACCUAAAGUGCCGAAUCUCAAAUACAGGACCUUCAGUGCAUAGAGGCCAGUGCUGUUUUUUCUGUAGUCGCAUAGGUAGGACUCUGAACAUAUUGGCUAGAAAAGAGUCAUGGGGUCUAGCAAUAUGAACAUGAAUUGUCAAAGCCAGACAAAAAGUGACUUGGUUGACUUAGUUCAAACAGAAGUUGGCAUCAAAGUGCACAGACCUAUCUAAAGUUAGGCUACUAUGGGGUAUAUUUUGGUGGCAUCUCCUGCUGGGCAUCCUCUGUCCUUUCCAUCAAUAGCUUAUGUAGCAGAUGGGAUGCAUGGAGAUGUCUGAGAUCUGUUUGAAGCAUCCUUUCAGGGAUUAUGCACUCCUGAAUGAAAAUGUGUUCCCUAAAAGAAGACCAAUUCUAAGCUGUCUCUGUCAAAAAACAGCAACAAUUUUCUGUUAAACUUAAGAGAACAUUUAUUUAAGAAAUUUCUUACCCACCCUUCACCAUAAGGUCUCAGGAUACUGUACAAAAAUGUAAUCAUGCAGUUUUAAAACCAAAUAAAACAGUUGCAGAGCAAAAUCUGAACAACAGAGACAACAGAGUGAUGCUGUGAUUGGAAAUAUUACUGGGUGUAAAUUUUUAGAAAGACUUAAGCUGGGAUUCAGACUUUUGGGAGCAAAGGUGUUUGUCUUUUUUCAUACUUCUUCUUUGGAAAGAAAAAUUCUUAAAAUGCAUGCAGUCUUAAUAUUAUUAAAGUCUUCCAUAAACUCUGUGUCUAAAUUCCUUAGGGGAAGGGAAUUUUAUAAUUUAAUGGGGUAGCUAAAGCAACUGUCAUGCAGUAUCAGAAUAAUCCUGCUAAGUUAACAGACCAAAGGCAGAAAACAUAGCCAUGGUUCUCUUGGGCUCACUGUUCCCCUUUGGGGCAGGUUAUAUACUCAGCAUAUUUUUGCAUUCACUUUUCUAGUCAUUAACUUUUGGCUUAAAUAAAAUAAAGUUAGAAGUUAUGGUUGGAUAUGGCCCAAUGAGAGCCAUGAAUCUUGGAUAUAUCUAGUACUGUAAAGUUUUGGAGCUUCUCACAUGUUCUUUUCUUUUGGUGUUUGUACUUCGUGUCCAGCAGAAAACUUUUUUUCCCCUGCAGAACCGUCCUGCGAAUACUUGAGAUUAUGCAGAUUUUUAUGACACCGACAAGAUCAUAUGGAACUACUUGCUAAGUUUGACAGAUCUUCUAGGUGACCUGGUCUAAAUGCAUUUGACUAGAGAUAGUUGCCAGGAACAUAAAAAACGUAAUGCCAAAUUGCUGAAAAUUGCAACAGCUCAACUAAAUUCCAAACUUACAUGUCAUUUUGUCAUUCUCCUAGGAAUGAGUCCACUUCUAAAAGUCUGGGGAAAUUGCAAUUAGCAGUUCGUUGCCUUUGAGAACUAGGCAGCCAUGGUGCCUAGCAGUCUUUGGUGAACUACUAAGAUUGUUUAAUUUUUCACUAGAAAAAGUUCUCAUCCUGUGUGUUGUGCAGAUGUACUACUAAUAAGCAACACUAGAAUGCUAAAGUUCUUGCAUGGAUCUAAAGGCCACAUUUGCACAUAAUACUAAAUUAAGCUGUGGUUUGAGCUAACCUUAAUGUCCACGAGUUGUGUGCUGUUUCACACAGCUCAGGGACUCCUGCUUUGUUCCCCCCUUAGCUGAACAGGGAAACAAAGCAUGGAGUGGCUAGUUUAGUGUUAUCUUUGUACAAUGCUAUAAUUAGAAAGGGAAAGAAAUAGUUGCAGUUUUUAAUCUUGCAUUUCAUACCAAAAUUACAAGUAGUCAAAUUGAGUAAGGAGACACACGCUAAAAAAUAUUUUUAAGUCUCCCUGUUUUUAGUAGGAAGGUGAAGCUGCUGAGCAUAUGCUUAAUGUUUUUCAAUGAAAUCAUAGGUAUUUAUUUAUUUUUGUAUUUAAACAGUAUACAUUUUUUAAAACAACAUGCACUCUUAAAAAAAACCAAAACCCCAGGGUGUAUUCAACGAAGUUUUACUCAGAGUAAAUCUAUUGAAAUUAAUGGACCUAACUUGUUCAUGUUCAUUAAUUUCAGCGUGUCUACUCUGAGUAAAACAUAGUUGACCGUCACCCUCUGAAUGCAGUGAAGCACAUAUUUAAAAUAAAGGAGAUGGGGUGAGGGAACAUCAAAGCGUUUUCUUACUGUUUCUUGUGCCCAGCAUCCCAAAAAAAGACCCUCAUUUUACAGCUUUUGGUAUGUGACUGUUCAACAGCUAAUUAGACAUUUGGGUAUAUCCAAAAUGCUCCCAGUGCAAGCAGGGUGGUGCGUGCUGCUUUGCAUAGUUGCCACAUCCCUGUUCGUUUCUUGGGGCCUCUUCUUCCCUCCCUUCCCAUAAAUAAGGGGUCUCAAUUUCCCAGCCUUGAAAUAGGAAGGUGAGGAGCUGCAGCUGUCCGCUGUAUCUGUGUAAAGGUUUUAGUUUGGGGGAAGGAGCGCUGUCUGGUUCUAUGUGUGUGAAAGGUGCGUGUGCCCACAUUUGUAUGUGGUGGUGAUGUGUAUGUUUUGUUUCCAUAUUUAUAUAUGCGGUGGACAUGCUUGUUUUAAUCCAGUGACCCUGAAUCACGCCCACCCUUUUUGUAUGGGUAACAUCCUGUCGUAUCAAUUAUCAUAGUUUAACCAUUAUAGGAAUAUUAAAAAAGACCAUUGUACAUAAGAUCAUGGAGCAUAAGGACAGCACUGCUGGACCGGAACAAUAUCCCAUGUAGUCCAGCACCUUUUUCUCACGGUGACCAACCAGAUGCCUUUGACUAGCUUCUACAAAUUUGUCUAAUCGUCCUUUAAAGCCAUCCAAGUUGGUGGCCAUUGCUAUCUCUUGUGCAUGCAGAUUCCUUAGUUUAUCUAUACAGUCAUACUUUGGGUUACAGAUGCUUUGGGUUGCGCACCACGCCGAACCUGGAAGUACUGGAAUGGGUUACUCCGGGUUUUGGCGCUUGCGCAAUGCGCAGAAGCGGCAAAUUGCAACCCGCGCAUGCGCAGACAUGGCGCUGCAGGUUGUGGAUUGCGAGCGUGCUUCCCGCACGGAUAAUGUUCGCAAGCCGAGUAUCCACUGUACAGUGUGCGAAUAAGUAUUUUAUUUUGUCUGCCCUGAAUCUUCCAAUGGAUAAGUAAAGAACAUCAUCCGAGCUUUUAUCACUGUUGCCAUACCUUGACAUGAGUCUGAAAACCCCUACAUUUUAACCACUCACAUACUGAGUUUGGCAGGGUGCUUAAAAGGGAUUAGGUGCAAUUUGAAGUGAUCUUGAAAGUAAUCUACCCUUUAAGUGACCUCUUAUCUCUUUAAGCGCCUACUAUGUUCACAGUCAUAGCAGCUAAAAGGGGAUUUCUUGAGGAUCACUUAAGCAUGAUCAAGGUGAUUGUGGUCUUGACAGUUUCAACCUGAGCUAGGCGAAAUCUUGAUGUGGGCAAGUGAGGUGGGUGGGUCUUUGAAACUACUGUUGGUGCAUGGACUAAUGGCACCAAUGCUGUUGUGGUAAAAAGUAGGAAUUGUUUUUGAGUUAAUUUUAUUUCAGGCAAACUCGUUUAGAGUCAGUUGAUAAACCUGCUAAAACAGUGGAGACCUGACAUACCAUAGUUUAACAAACAGGAGCACUAAAAUUCUCCUUAACAAACUGGAGCACUAAUUUAAGGAGCAUUAGGUCUUUCUCUGAAAAUGUAUCCUUUAUGACAUUUGAAAAGGAAUUGCUCUGUCAUCUAUUGUACAGUACAAUGAAAACGCUCUCAUUGGCCAAUGAGGAAAUACUGGAAGUACUGUCAAGCCCAUAGGCUCAUCAAAUGGAUUUGUUUUGCUCAUUAUCUAAAUGCUCACUUGUCAAUUACCAGCAUGUAUUCGCUUUGGCCUGAUUGUGCUUUCUUGUACACAUGCAUCCUAUUACUUAUGCAGUGGGUACAGGUGCCUGUGUUUCCAUUUCCCCCUUCAGAACAUAUUGGUGGUUUUUCUCUUUCCAAAGAGAAGCCAAAAGGAAACUUGGUUAGGUUUAGAUGGUCCGUGUUACCUGCCAGCCCAAUCAGUACAACCUCAUAGUUAAACUAUGGAAUUCACUAUAUUAUAAGAUGCCGCGAUGGCCACCAACAUAGAUGACUUUGCUGGACGCCGAACAAUAAAGCAAUAAACCUACCUAACAGUAGAGAACUAUUGUCACAUCCAAUUGUGACAUCCAACUGUGGGGAAACAGGGUGCUAGACUGGCCUGGCUUUUGAUGUAGCAGAGAUUCUCUUAUAUCCUUAAAAACAUAUAUGUGUAGAAACUUCCAACUCACUUGUUGUUGUUGUUGUUUGCAGUUCUGCACCUAAUGCAAUAUAUUAAAAUUCCUGACAUUUAUACAUUCUGCCUUUCUCGUCCAAUAUGACAAGACCAAAAGUAUAAACUGCAGCCAAGUUACAAAUGGGAGUGCAUUGAGCAGUGCAGUCCUCUGCCCAUGUGGCGCAGUGUCGCUUUGAGUUUUGCAUGCUCUUCCCCUUUGAUGCUAAUACUACACCCUGAGAUUCCAUGCCAGUAAAGAAUACUGCUAAUUCAUCAUAGGGAUAUUGAGAUUUAAGAAGGCUGAGAAUGCACUCAUAUGAGUCUACCCACAGCUCUUGUAUUGCUAGUUGGGCAGGAUACUGACUACUCUGCGUGGUGUUCCAUCCUAUUAAUGUAGAUUACUGUUCCUGUCUGCAAACAAUUGUUCCAUAUUCCAACUUGGAUGUAGGGCAGGCAAAUUUAUCCACAGCUUUGUGAGAGCAAAAAUAUCACUGGGGCUGGUGGCUGGUAAAGAAAUAGAAGAGUUUUACAUUCAUGCUACGAUAAGUUGUAUUCUGGAUGCUCAUUUGCCCAACAUGGUUUGAGGUUUUCCCCUUUCCCUCCUAUCAUGUAAGCCCAGACAUUUUCUUCAGCCCUCAGUGUUUCCCUGCUGGUUCACACCCUGAUAGGGGUUUGCAUAGGAUGUGAAAUCGGCCCAUGAGGGCAUCCCAGCUGGUGGGGAGAUAGUUGCUUGUCUUUUUGACGUGAGAGGCUUCCAGCACUGCUUGGUCAUCCUCUGUAACUACCAGUUUGAAACAUAUAACUGGAAACCUUUUAAAGCAAUGGCUGAGUGUGUACACACUUGCAUGCAGUAGGUUUCAGAAAGUAGUGUUGGGUUUAUUCAGAUACAGUGGUACCUCGGGUUACAUAUGCUUUAGGUUACAUACGCUUCAGGUUACACACUCCGCUAACCCUGAAAUAGUGCUUCAGUUUAAGAACUUUGCUUCAGGAUAAGAACAGAAAUCUGGCUCCAGCGGUGCGGCGGCAGCAGGAGGCCCCAUUAGCUAAAGUGGGGCUUCAGGUUAAGAACAGUUUCAGGUUAAGAACAGACAUCCGGAACGAAUUAAGUACUUAACCAGAGGUACCACUGUAUACCGUGUAUAACACGACCCCAUGUAUAAGACGACCCCUGUUUUGGGGAGCCCUCAACAGUUGUUGAGCUUCUUUUGUAAGUUUGCUGAGCUGUUGAGCAGCUUUUUGACGAUCCCCCGCUCUGGCUGAUGGAACUGGUGCCAUAAUACACCGCAUACUGGCGCUCCCCAAAUACUCAUCCUAAGCCAGGAAGAGUGGGUAAGCAGCCUCCUCUCUGACAUUUUCCUGCUACCGCUUCAGCACCAGCCCUCGCUUACUUAGCAUAUUAACCCAUGUAUAAGACGACCCUCAAUUUAUCACAAAAAAAUUCAGAGAAAAGGUCUUCUUAUACAUGCAAAAAUACAGUACUUGCCUCAUUUGGAGCAUGGUAUAUGUUUGGAUAUGCGUGUACAUCCUUCUCACACAAUUUGUGCACUCCUGUUCUUAAAAAAAGAAAAGGACAGAUUGCAUGCCAAGAUAUACAUGUCAGGUCUUACAUCUGCACAUGGGUAUGGUAUGUGAACUUGUUGUUCAGCAUUAGAAAUCCAGCUAUGUGUGAAAUGGUAUUGGAGAAAAAAUGGAAUCUUUCACAUCCCUGCUGCUUGAGCAUCCAAAGAGCUAAUAUGGUAAAGAAGCUGGGCAUCUUGUUUUAGUGGAACGCUAAGUGCUUGUGUUAGCCAGAACUAUCCUUAAAAACUUUGCUAGGCUGCUUGCAAAAGAGAACAUUCCUUUAGCAAUUCUCUACCCAUUCAUAUGAAAUAUAACUGGUUUAACUGCCUUUUAGGUGAAGACUCCACAAGAUUCAAGAUUUUGAGGAUUAAAUUUAGCAUCCCUACAAUUAGGAGGAUGUGUUGUAUUAAAAAAAUAUGAUUUUUUCACAGGUUUAUGUUGGGGAUUUGACAAGGGUGAGGGAACCUUUUUUCUGGGGGUUACAUGUCAGUGGCAAACAAGGUAAGAGAUAAAAGCGGGAAGAGCAAGAGGUGUGACUCUUAACUUUUGCACAGCUGUUAUGAAGCCCGCUGUGUAAAGUCAGAGGUUUCUACCCAAUCAAGCACACAUCCCUUCAUCGGGGCAAGCAAAAUGUAUCAUUACAGUUCAAGGAUGCAUAUUCCAGACACCUCCCCUUGCAAUUUAUUUGUUGUGAAUUUACACAAAGGCUUUCCGACAUCAUAGAAGAACCAAGGCUGAGAGGACAAAAUGGCCAGAGCUGCCCAAGUAGUUCCAAGGUAGAUAAAUGAUGUCUUCACUACCCUGUGCACUGACUGUAAACCCUGUUGGCUGAUGUGUAUGUGACAGAAGACCAGACGAUAAGAAAAUUAGAGAAGGUGAACAGAGGGAAGCAGCCAACAGGGGAAUGACAAGACAGUAGCUGGAAGAAAAAGUUUCUGGAGGCAAAAGUCGCUCGCAGUAAGAUAAGCAGAUGUCAGGGAGACGGGAAAUAAGAGAAGUUAAAUAGUCAUAGAAGCCGUGAGAUAGGCAGUGAGGCAGAGAAGGGAGGAUGAUGAACAAUAAUAGUUACAAGCCUUUUGAUAAUGCUUCAUAAAAUGAGUAGGAGAGGUAAUAUCCCAUAGCAUAAAGCCAUUUAGAAACUCUCCAGGGUAGUGAUGCCCCACAAGGCAACUGGUUUCAAAAAUACAGCUGUAUGUAUCAUAGGCCACAGGGGAAUAUUUAUGUGAAGGCCUGUUGUUAAAGCCUUGGCAGCACUUCGCUAGGUGGGGCAGCUCCAUUUUGUAUGAUAAAUAUGGCUCUUUGUUUUGAGAGGCAGGAAGUCAAUGGAAAGAGAAAUGUACUGCCAUAUCACAUCACAUUCUGCAUACGAUAGAAUGGCGGGGAGGAAUAUUUUAACUCCUCCUUUUGGCUUUUCCCGAGAUCAAAGAUGGCCACAACAAAAUGUGAUUUGUCAUUGUGAUAAGAAGAGCAAAUCAAUUAUCAAAUUAAUUCCCAGGAAGUAUGUUUUUAUAAGGACUGUCCACACUGUAAUGUUCUUGAAGCAGCUUGUUUGUUUGAACCCUUUGUCUUCACUUUACAGACUUUACAUCAUCAAUGGGAACUUUUUCCUGUGCUGGGCAUUUGGUCUCUCUUGAAUUCUGCUUGUACCAUGUUAUUUGAUAUUUUGUUAUUUUCAUCAAUGUAAGCAAGAAGGACUAUCUCAGUUCAAGGACACAUUCUCGUGAGGCAAAGGCACUCAGGGAGGGUGUGUGGCAUGGAGAGAGUCCUGAGGGCCAGGUAGAUAGGCUACUAGGCCUGAGAUGCCGCCCCCCACUUCAAAGGUUACCAUGUAUCACUAUCUCCAAUAUCCUUCCUUUGUCUGUUUAGAUGUGCAAGUUACAAUUCGAAGAAAGUGUGCAAAGAUGCAUACUUUUAUUUUGAUUACAGAAUUCAUGAUCCUGAAAACGUUUGUGUUAUUUUUAUUUAUUUAAAGAAAACGUUUCUAACCCUUAUGACUAUUAAAAUUUUGACAUUUCUUUGCUCCUUCUCGCCAUUAGCGGGAAUAAAUUAUGCAAAAUAGGAGUCUGAGUUGCUCUGGUGUAUUAAUUCCGAGUUAUUUUAUUUUUUUAGUGAAAGGUACACAGAGCUCUGUUAGCAAUGGCUAAAAAGAAGCCUCACAAGAACUCUGCUGCAAGGUUUCCUUAACUGAAGAGAGUGGAUACAGAUGGUUCCCUCUUUGCUCCAAGAAAAAGUAUGUAGGAUGGGAAGGGAGCAUUCCCUCCCUCCUCCAUAUUCAUACCUCAGCUAGAAAUGUCGGCACUGAUUCCUUUGCAGCCAGCGCACGUAGGGGCCAUCUUCAGGGAACAGACUGUAAUGUAUUUAAUGAAUCUGAGGAAAGUAAGAAAUUGUAAAUGCUGCAGGGCAACACACACUUGCUAUUCAAUCUGCCAGAUUUGUGCCAAUUAAGACAACUUGCAGCUGUUUGGCUCCUCCUUAUUAGGAGACAUUUGUAUCAGGUACCAGGUUAAGCAUUUAUUUUCUCUGACAUGUUGAAAACACUUUGGUGAUACCUAGUCACUUUGUAAGCAAAGACUGAAACAGUGUUAUUUACUGGAUGCAUGCAGUAGGGAGCAAGUUUGUUCUUUUUUUAAAUAAUAAUAAUACACUGCCUUUGACAGUUUUCUCAGAGGUGUCUGUGUGCAGGGAGAUUGUAUUCAAAAGGUUUGCAGCAGAGGUCCUACAGACACAUAUUUGCAUACAAUGUGCAAAUGCUAAUUUAUAUGUACCAGGGCAAAGAAAGACUAAUUUUCUAUUCCAGUCACCCUGGAUAAACCCUUUUGCACCCAACUUGCACCCCAAAUCAGUUUACACCCCGAUUUAUUUCCUCAAUUAAUUUCCCAACAGUUCCUGCUCCGAAACAGUUCAGUUCCCAUUCCUUACCCCAGUCAAAUCCAGAUAAAGUAAUCUUAACUGAUUUCCUCAAAUUAAUAUCCUGCCCAGUUACUAAGGCCCACCCUCCAAAUCACUUUCCCCCAGAUUCACUACGUAGCCAAAAACACUAAAAUAGCAGAUUCAGGGCCUACUCCCAGCAAAACCCCAGUCUGUGUGCAGAGGAAAUACUGUACAGGGUUGUAUCCAACCAAGUUAUGCUAUUACUGUAACUCAAGGUCUUCUGCUUAUGCACCCUCCAUCUCAUCUGGAUAUUUGGGGACAAUCCCCAGAACAGAUUUGGAAGAGGAGUGGGGUGGGGGAAAAGGGAGAGGAAGUCCCAUUAUAUGCAGGCAGAUGCCAUUGAGCUAACUGGAUGACUUCACUGGGUACAACCCACAGUAAUUUGGCUUCCAUUGAUCAAUUAUGGGUUGAAAUUCAAGUGAACUGAAGCAUGACUAAGGCUGCAGUCCUAAAUACACUUACAAGGAAGUAAGUCCCAUUGAAACAGUCCCAAGUUAAACAAGCAUAAUUUUGCCCUGUAAGUGUUAUUAUAUAUGGUGUGUUUCUUCUCAUCUUGAAUGUGAUACUGUUUGGCAUAGAGGCUGUCAUAACUUGAGACAUGCCUGCAGCUGCUUGUUUCCACAUGUCAGAGCCAAAAUGGGUGUACAGUCAUACCUUGUGUUACGUUUGCUUCACGUUGCGGCUUUUCAGGUUAUGAACAGGGCAAACCCGGGAGUGUUUACUUCCGGGUUCGCUGCACGUGUAUGCGCAGAAGCGAUCUGCGUGCUUCACACACGCGCAGUUGCAGUGCUCUACUUAUGGACUUUUCGGGGUGCAAACGGCACCCUGCAACGGAUCGUGUUCGUAAGCAGAGGUACCACGGUACACUGAAACACAUGUGGGCUGUACAGUUUUCAGUGUCCUGCUCUCACCAUUCACACAUUCUCUGGUAACAAAUGAAAUGUGAGGCAACUUUAAGUGCCGCAUUGCAGCAGUCAGAUUUUUAGUGUUGGGAUACAGUUACCCUGUUCAAUUGUAUUUAAUACAUGGUUCACCGUGGCCAUAAGUGGGAACAAGUACCGGUAAAGUGUAAAUUCAGGCUAAUCCUUGGACGUCUGUUUGUGCCACUUCCAUCAUGUUUUGACAAAACGACUAUUGUCAUGUGCCCACUGUAGAAGGUACAUAUUCCCAUGGCUACUGUAUGAGAAUAAAUAAUCACAUAGGGCUGGUAAUAACUUUAAUUUAUUUAGUCAUCGGUAUUAAUAAAGUUGUCCUUAUUUACAACGAUAAUUUUGAAAUGCCUGGAUUGGUCUGACUGAGAACCAAUUUUAACAGCAGUCCUUAAUACCUCUGCUCUUGCCAAAAUCUCUUUCCAUAGCCCGCUAAUCAGAACUCCAGAGAUAUUUUGUGCCUUCUGUAAAUGUGUGGGUGCAAUUACUCAGAGAAGGCAGAAUGCUGCUUGCUAUUUAUAACUUUCAUUUUACCUUUUAUCUCUCCUUGCACACACUCUCCCUAGCGCUAUUCAGAUUCCCUCCAUAAUGAUGGCUGAUUCCUGACUCCCUUUUUUUUUUAAUCUACCGGGUGAGUGGGAGGUCAUAAUUUAACUGUGCUGCUGUAUGUGGCAAUGCUUUUCUCUUGUCACACAUACUUGAAACAACACAGCAAGAGGCACAAUUAGUGCUUUUUAGCACAUGGGCCAAACUUCAGUGAGCUGCUCCUGUUCAAAAAGGAACAUAAAGAGAGAGAUAGGCAAGGAAAGCCAACCCUGGCCAUGUCCAAGAUUUCCAAGUAAGGCAGUGACAGAGCCUGCUGCUGGAUAUUCUGGGAUAAAGGACCAAUUCUGCACUCUCUCCAUCACUCAGUAAUAGCUUCCCAGUGCACUCAAGCAGGCUCCAAUCUAUAGUGAUGGCGCUUAUUGUUGUAGAAGAGAAAAUACGAUGGCAAAGUCUAGGUGGACCCUUGAAUACCAUGGCUGGCCGAGAAUGGAAGGAGCCUUCUUGGGUUUCAGUAUAUCUUGGUCCACAGCAUAGCAGGAGCAUCCGCCAAAGUUUCAGGCGAAGAAGGCCCAUGAAAUAACACCAGGGUCUUACUUCCUUGCUUGCAUAGAAUGUCACAGUCUCUCUUUAUAGUUGCUGGUGUUGAUCUAGCAGAAAUAGUUCAAAUGUCACUAAGAUUGGAGCCUAAGUUGGGAGGGAGAGGGGUGGGAGGGAAAUAAAUUGUACUUCAGGAGAAUGUCCUUGCUGCAGUAUGGGUAGGCCUGUCAGGUCCAGACAUUUAUUUUCUGCCUGUACCCCCCGCCCCCUAGUACUGUCUCUGUUUUGAAUAAUAAUAAUGGAGGACUUCUUUUUGAUCCCUUUUUUUAGUUCUCACAUUUCUGCAGGAAGGCCCCACUUGACUGAAAAAGAGGAAAUGUUAUCACUAAAAAAGAUGGCACACAAUUGCAUACAAUCUGCACCUGCUAUUUUAUACAUUUAGAUGCCAGUUUAGAAAUUGCUAUAAUUGAAAUAGAAAUACAGGGUAUCUCAACAUAGUCCAUGAAGACUGAACUGGUGAUUUCUGUGCCUUUCCAAUCCAGGUUCUAACUGAUGGUGGGCAAUAUCCUGGCCCCUGCUCUCUUUUCUUAGGGUUCUUUAUAUUUAACAAACCAAACAUGGUCCAGAUAGAAAACACAUCAAAUAGAGAGCCAUCUUCUUUGGAAUAGGACCCAUGCACCCCCUUCAUUUCUGUCUGACUGAUUGAUUAUAUUUAAACUGCUCUCUACCCCUAUCCAUUCUACAUAGUUAGAAGCACUCUGUCCUUCUAACCAGCCUUGUUAGGCAGGGUAAGCUCUGAGGUAAUAACUGGACUAAUGAGUGUCAUGGCUGAGAGUGGAUAUAAAUCUGCACCCCCCUGUACCUAGUCUGAUGCUACACUGCACUGACUCUCACAGGCUUUGUAUUUAUAGGCAUAUGUGACAGUAUAAUAUUCAUGCAUAUUAGUUACAGUAUACAAGUGUGCACUGACAAAUGAAUAGUCUUUGGAUACUGUUCCUGCCCUUGGUAUCCAGUGACAAUUAUUCUAUACACUCUAAAGACUGGAUAUUUAUUAUAUUUGCUCACAUGUUCUGGAGCCUGUGCAUCUUACAUCAGCAGCAACCUGCUCCCUUCAGCAGCCAGAUCUUUUCAGCUUUCCUGCCUUCCUGGGAUUUGUAGGUGAGGACACGGUUCUGUCUUUCAGAAGACAAGCCCUAGAGUUCUACAUGUGUUUCAGUCUUUUCAAAGGAGGCCUCUUCUAGCUCACUGUUCAGAAUGUUGCUUGCUCUGUUUUAACGCUAUCUCUGAUAGCUGACAGGAGAUCUAUAGAUAUGUAAAUAAAAAGGAAGUAAUUUUGCAUAAAGACCCUUAGGCAUAACGUACAAUUUAGGUUGUAAUCCUACACAUAUCUACUGAGAAGCUAUUCUUGUAGACUUAAAUGAUAUACCCCAGGAAAGUGUACAGUAUUCAGGAUUGCAACUUUAGCCUCAGUAUCCCCCUCAAACUAAUGGACUUUUGUAGCCCAGGUUAGGGCCUUGGUAAAGUGUAUUUAUUGUGUGUACACUUACACACACACACACACACAGAGAGAGAGAGAGAGAGAGAGAGAGAGAGAGAGAGAGGUCCUGAGACUUGUCAAUGUGUGCCCUCCCGCUUUUUGGUAAAGUAAUUAGACAUGCAUCCUACAAUGGGGCAAAGGGUCUUCAAAGAAGAGAGAGAAGAAACAAAAUGAAAGGUGUAUGGAGAAGAUUGGGAUGAUUGGGAAGAGCUCUGCAGGUUUUUGCAACUUUUAAAGAACGGAUUGUACACGUGCUCAAGCACUGGAGUACAAAGCCAGUGAUGAUAUAUUAAAAAUGCAGGCAUAGAUAAGGAGUGUUGCAUCACUAAGGGUAGUGAAAUAUACACAACAGCUGGGUAACGAAAGUACUCUAUUGUGCUGAAAACUGAUCAUGAGCAAAAGCCCAUGAGCAAUGUGUCACUCUCAUCCACAUAAUAAAAUCCAGAGGAAGUUGGGAGUCUUCUCUGCAAGUCUGAGGAACAGCAGAAAAAGCAGCUGCUCUGUGCUAGUGAGUAUAAAUAUCUUAUGACUGGCCAGUCAGGACUUGUUUUACUACAGAGCUAUUAGAACAGAUCAUUAUUGCAAUCUAGAGUCUUGAAGAAGUCUCCCAAAACCUUCGCUACCUUAGUGACUUGGAGGGCCCUGUGUUCGUAGAACUAGUACUCCUCAGACUGAAUGCAUUACAAGAAGAGGAGGAAGAAGGAGAAGAAGAAGAAGAAAUCAGUUUUCAGCCAUAUUCAUUGAUCUGAAACCUAUCCAUUCCAGAAGGCAGUGUGUAUAAUUCCCUAACCGCCCCACCCCCUCACCCAAUGGUAUAGUUGAUGUUAUUGCUUUCUUUCCUUGGUUACUAGAUUUGUUACUAGAUCUUCCAUUUCCUCAUAUCUUUAUUUGUAGUGUUGGAGGACUGAAAUUGAUGACCUCUGUGCCCGAGUGGAGAGGAAAUAUUGCUUCUUUAGCAGCCUACUUAGUGCUAGCUGCCAAAAGAUUAAUUUAGCCUGGAGAAGUGUCUUUGAAAAAGCAGCCAUUUGAGUUAGGAGGCAGGCAACUUGCUCAUCUCUCAGGGUCCUGCCAGAUACCUGUUGUGCAUUGGAGUGCUGCUCUUAAUUUCAGUCUUCCUGCGCACACACAGGUAGAGAGACCAUUUGGACUUUUUUAAAGGAGCUUAUUAGUUUAUGCUACCCUAACAGUCUGCAGUAGAUGCAAUAAGAGAAGCAUCAGCUUGCAGUGCAGUAGCUGUUGUGGUACCCUCACCUUUCCAGGACUCCAUUCCCUCCACCCUUAUUUUCACAAGUAGUAUUGUGCAGUAGAAGACCGUGAGAAUGAAUGAGUUAUUUAAAAGCACUUGGACAAUUCAAGGAUGCUAUGUAGACCAUCCUAAUGCUGAUCGUAUAAGAUGGCAUCCCUUUACCAACAAUCAAAGAGUGAGGUCUGCUUUAGGAAAUUGUUGCACCAUUUGACUCCAUUUAAUUAAUGAAACUAAUGUAGUUCAAGGAUAAAAAUGUAUUUGCUUUUUAAAGAUGCAUUCAGACACUCCAGUUUGCAUUGAAUCACAAUUCAUAUUGGGCUCAUUUAAUUGUUCUGCUUUAUUUCCGAUAAAAUACGCAGCUGAAUUGAUGUGGGAUCCCUUCCAUGGUACUGAAUAGUUGUAUGUGCCUAUAGAAAGAGACUCGCCUCUUACUGUGAUAGCACAGGAGAUAAAAGUGGCUGCUGCUAUCCAUGGACAUUACUGUGUGUGAAUGCUAGAGUGUGAUUUUAGAGACACUUAGUGAAAAGAAAUUGUCAUUGCUCUGCCUUAUGAACCAUGGAAGUGCAUAGCAACAUUCUGUUGUGAGAGAUACUGUUCCAGGGAGCAGGUCUGUGAUAACCCUGGUACUCUCUAUUACAACUUUGUAAAGACCCAGUGUGGGAUUUUUCAUGAAUAUGGAAAAACAAUUAUUUGCUAAAAGUUUUCCAUUUCCAUGUAUCGAGCACAGUUUAUGGCUAUUCCUUCCAGUGCUUGUGAUAGCCAUCUCUAUGGUACUCUUGCUGGUGGGAAGAAUUAAAUUGGCAUACAUGAGAGUUUGCGUAGGGGUGAGCUUUAGGACAUGUUACAGCUCCCUUCUAUCUCAGGCCUUGGAUCACAAAUCAUACCCUGGAAGCAAAGCUUUGAGAAAUCAGUCUGUGAAUGCAGCAAACUGCAUUUAUUUUAUUUUAUUUCUUUAAUGUUAAAGCAUUACUUCUAUGAUAUGCUGGUGUUACACCCGUGUUUUUCACAGCAAAUGUGUGAAGUACGAAUGUGGAUGCCGUUAUUAAGCACCUGUCUGCAAAUGGUGAGGAGUCAUGGCUCAAACAGCCCAUGAGUUCUCGAGGGUUAGUAGGUAGGUUUUGAAAACAUACUUUGUGGCUUUAAACUGAAGCCUAUACAUUCAAUUAACAAAGCAGCUACUGUUCUGUAAAUCCAUAUUUGCAUGUACACAUUCAUGCAGCCAAAGAAUGUAUGAAUAGGUUCUUCAAAACAGAGCAGUGCCCUUUUACCAUCUUGAAUAAAAUUAUCUGUUUCUAGAGAAAUUGCUUUGUUGCAUUUAGGGAACAAUUUGGCAUCAUGUUGGGCUCUGGUCAUAUCAAGCCUCAGGAAUGUUGCAUGCAUUGGAAAAUAUUAACUUCUGAAAGGAGAUCUCAAAUCACUUAGGGAAGCAAAGCCUUUGAAUCCUCUUUAUUUUAUUUUAUUUAUUUAGGUUUCGUUAAUUUCUUAAUUAUAAAAAUACACAUAAGCAUUACAAAACUAAUACAGCAUUUCAGAGACAAAUGCAUUGUUAGUUUAAAAUGCUUCCUAUUAAUAAUCCACAGAUUUUAUUUCUUAAUUCUUUUUAGGUAUUUCUGACUUGUCCAAAUGUAUUGGUCCUGUUUCAGUGUGAGUGAACAAUUAAGAGUUCUAGGCUGACACAGUGUUAGAAACUGAGAUAUGAAAGCUAGGAGCUACAUGGCACCCUAAACCUGGGUUAUGGGUGCAACAAUGGAAUGUCUAGGCACACUUUUUUAUAACAAGAAUACAAAGCUGAAAAUGAAUGAACUGCAGCUAAAAUAUUAUGUUUAUUUUUCACAUGGUCUAGUCCUUCCCCUGCCCACAUCCUUAAUAUUCUUAAGAGGGUCUCUUCUCCUGUCUUCAGAGACUAGCUGGAAGUGGGCAGGCAGAAAAAGGUCCUCCUUUCCUUCCACUCUGCAGUUUUAAUCUGAAAUCUUAGGCACAGUAUUGCACCCAGAGCUCAGAAACUGCUCACACUAAUGAAAUUCCCUGUUGCAAACUGUGCCUAGAACAAUGGGAGUUUUGAACACUGCUGACAUGGUAAUGCUUUGCCAUUUUCCUUUUUAUUAACCCAUGUAAUGAAAUCAAAACAUUCUGAAAUAAAUUUGUCCAUCUUUUUAAUCCUCUUGGCCAUUCUUAGUUUAUGUGUAUGUGUCAACGUCUCUUGCUCAGUGCAAUACUAGAUUUUUCUAUGCCCACAAUCCCUUGUGACCCUCUUCAUCUAUCUCCAAAAUUGUGCUACUGUCGGCCUGGCUGCUGCUAGUAGGUGGCUGAUCAGGGCCUCAGCAUUUUGAUUUAUAUUAUUUUCAGAGAAAAUGAGUUUGAAUCCUCUUAAUCACAUAGUUAAAAAACUCAACAGCCAGAUAUGCAGUAUCCUUUUCUUGAGAAGGUAAAAUGAAGACACAUUCAAUAGAAUUCCAGCUUAAGCUUUUAAAAACAAAUCAUAUCAUUUCUUUUAUUAUACUCUUUCCACUUGGUUACAUAGAUUUGUCUUUGAGGGCAUGCUCAUCGCAACAGGAUGUCCUUUUCAAGAAGAAGUAUUUUGCCUGUACUUGCAAAAUCAUUGUUGUAAAGUCUCUUGAGUUACUUGCAAAAGCAUUAAUCAUUACCUUAGGGAAAAUAUAAUUAUCUGUGGAGAAAUCAUGUCUUGAGUCUAGGUAACUCUGACUUAACAGCUUGACUGCUGCUCAGUAUUCCAGAGGAGAAUAGUCUUGGCACCACGCUACUUAUUUCCAUGCUAGUUCAGUGCAGUUUAAUGAACUGCUGUAGGUAGAUCAAAUGGUUCCUUUUUUUUAAAGGAGGAAAAUGAUUCAUUCAACUCUGAACACGUUUAUCUCCCCUUUAAGCUUUAAUUUCUCCCACUGGAAAAAAACAACGGUAUUCAAAAGUACUCUGGAAGAGGUCAUAGCUCUGUGCUAGAACACAUGUUUUACAUACAGAAGACCAUCUUAAAACUUCCAUGGAGGCAAAGAAUUCAAACCCUUUUUCAUUUUAGGUAGCAACACAGAGAGAGGUUCCCAGCCUGAGAUCUUGAUGUGGUGCUUUCAUAAAGAGCAUACAAUAUUGGACUCAAGGGACCAGUUGUGACCCAGUAUGUGGCCGCUUUGCUUAACUUCCGUUGCGUCAUACCCAGUGAAUCUGUAGUUGUCAACCUGCAGGAAAUGUGCAUUUGGAAUUGAUAGGAUUCAAGGACUGUGUGUAGUCACAAUGCUAAGACAAAACAAGGUUCAGCAAAUUAUAGCCUGGACAAACCCAAGAUCCAUGAACCUUGGCUUCUUUGGAGACAAAACAACAACAACAACUGUGAACACUGGUGUGAACCUAAACCUAAACCAGCCACUUCAUUAUUUGUUUCACCUGCUGGAGGAAGUGGGAGCAAAGUGGGAGGGCUUGAGCUGUGUGCCCAUAAUUCAUGCACAAACUAAUUUGCUUAACCAUGGUUUUUGGUUGAGCAUUGCAUGACCAAUGAAUGCCAUGGGAUAUGAGUUAUAGUUGAAAGGAGAGGAAGUGAAGAAGGCAGCAUUUGCCCGUUUAUCUUUUGUUUGGAAACACAGAAAAGCCAAAGGGUUGAAGCCAUCCAUAGAAAACUCCUCCCUGUGCCCCACUAAGUAUGAUUUGAGUCUUGAACUACUCAUGAUUUUUAAUCUCAAUACCUAUAGUAAAGUUUAUUCCUCAUACGUUUAUUUCAUUAAUGAUUAACAAUGUAAGGAGAACUCCGCAAAGUACUUACAGUCCUACCGUUGUAAGAAAAUAGGUCUCCACCCUUUUUAGAAUGCAAUUGCUUCUCAAAGUCCUGGUGCAAGCCAGCCACUGGGCACACCCAAGUGCUGCUGAAGACAUCUCAAUUUGCAGAAAAUGGCCGACCUAGGUGGUAGCCUUAGUUAAUUGUAAGUGCUAUUUAAUUUUUUUUAAAUAAAAAAAACAGUUUUCAAUUCAGGUUUUUCAUCAACUGGUAGAAUAACUUGGAGAGUCAAUAAAGCUGCUCCCUUUUAUCUGGGCUAUUAUGUGCCCACCCGAGGGGCAAAUCAGAAGAUGGUGUCAUGGCAUGAGAAGGGCUGUACUGUGGCAGUCAGUAUUUUUAAGUCAGAAAGAAGAGAAGAACCUCCCCUUCCUUAUGCACUGGAAAGAGUGCUGCAUUUCCGCUCAUUUCUCCCUCUAUCCCCAUCAUAACCCAGGAUUGGGAGUAUCUGUCCAUCAGGUCAACUUGCUCACAGUCACUUGCCAGGUCUCCCUUUAGGUUGUGUUACUUGCAAUUGAUACAUGAUUCUCUUAAUGUUCUUCUGGAGCACUAACAAGUGAUAGGUGAUAUGGAGUAGUUAUAUUUUCACAGACCUUAUUUCCACAUUGCUGGCUGACAGUUUUGAUGUCAACAGUUUGCAUGGCGCGACUGGGAUCCUCUGGCUGGCAAGUAGAAUGCUACGGACAUGCUCAGAAACUAAUGACUCAAGACUUUUCACUUGGUGAUAAGAUGUCAUGGGAGAGGUCACUCCAGUUUGUGCAUGCUUCUGCUUUUGUAAGCUCACAAAUGAAAAAUCUAAGCAUAUUGGUCUGAUGUCAAAGUUCAGGACUCUUUGGGGUCACUAACAUAGUAAUGCUUUAGCCUGCAGAUAUGAGAGCUAGAGAGAGGCUUCAGAGACGUCACUUUCUCAUUGCCUCUGGCUAGCUGCAGAAGAUCCUGGUCACCAAGUGUUUAGAACUGAUAUAUCCAGAUGUCAAAUAUUUGAAGAUGUAUGUGAAAGACCCAUGACCUAGCAUUGAAGCUGUACCUGAUCAUCAAAAUAAAAUUGUUGGCAGAGGAAAAAGUCAAUCCAGUAUAAAACUGACGCAAGUGAACAGCCAGGUCUUGUCUGUGUUUAUCUUUUGCCCCACACUUUCCAAGCAUAGGUCCGUGUCUGAGUAUGGUGGUUGUUUUUUUGUCCAGAGCUUUCCUUGAAAAAACCUGCUCUUGGGUCAUUCCACACCAAAUCACCUCAUUUUAAUACUCGACUGUGCUCUCGCAACUCAGAUUUUCUUUAUUUUUUAAAAAAAAUGUGUAGAUACCUAUGAGAUAAUCUCAAGAUUUAAGAUUUUUUUUGGUUCAAAAUUGGGCACAGGAGAAUUUUUUGAAAAUUUUGAUUUUCACACAUAAUUUUUUUUAUGAAGAAAAUCUGAGUCGUGAGAGCACAUGGCACCAGGUGAUUUGAUGUGGAAUGACCCUCUUUAAAUCUGAAUUGGAGCGCAGUUAAUGGCUUCUUCUAAUAUUUGAAGUGAUUCACAUUCAUCUGGGCCAUCUCAUAAUUUAUGCUUGAAAAACAGUUUCCAACUAAGCCUUGUGUUGCACAUUGAGCUAUUCCUGAAGACUGCUUGGAAGUUGCUGCAGUAGCAGAAUCCGAUGGCCUGGCUUCCUUCAUGAAUAGGUUGCAUACCUGCCAACGUGGCAUAAGCCCAAGGUGCUGGUGAUCUCUCUUUUUAAAAUAGCUUUAUAUAAACUGGUUGCAUCAAACAUUCAGCAUCACCUUCUCUCAUAUGAACUUCCCUGUUGAUCAGCUGGCCUUAACUUUUCUGAGAAGACAUGUAUCAGAUUGCCAUGCUGGAAAUUUAGUGUAGAUUUUUUUGGCAGGCUUUCUAGACUUUUACUGGAAAUUCGGGCAUCCUUUCUUUGAUGUGGUUUAGUAUGUGUUAGGACUGGUCUUUCCAUCUUUUCUUAGCUAAGUCCACUAUGUACUAGAAAAUGAUAAUCUUGAGUGCAUUGGGCUUGUGGCAGUGAACCCUCUAGUUCUGAUUCAGUAAGCUGGUGCGAUAGCUCACAAUGUUCAAACUCAGUAAUUUGCCGGACAGUUCCUGUUAAAGAAAACCAUCAUUUCGGCGGGGGUUAAAACCUCACCUAGAUGGUUGAGGACUGGGAAGAGUCUGAACCAUGGGGGUUUUAUGCUGUAAAACCUGGCAUCUUUAAAGGGCUACCAAGGACCAAGAAGCAGUUCAGGGGUGGCAAGGCUGAUUUUCACAGACUGAAUUCAGCGAGGCCAUUAUUUUGCUGCAGGCUUCCAGUAAAUAAAAUAAAAGUGCACUCCAGGGCAUACAGGUUUUGCAGGAAGGCCCUAAUCCCCUCCUGGGUCUCAGUGCCUGCUUCAGCUGCUCUUGACAGUUUCAAACCACUUGACCAACUUGGUAGUACAGCUGUAUGCAAAUUUUCAAGUGACACAGGACUUUCAUCCUUUGGGGUUUUGUGUGUGACUCAAAAGCUUGCCUAGUCCUAAAUCAACAAAAGUUUAUCUGUGUAGGAGUCACAAGAAGGUCUUAGUGAAGCAGAAUGAAAAAUAUCUGCCAUACUGAGACCUUUCUCCACUCUAAAUCUUGCAGAAUGCUAUAAGUACCACUCCAUUAAAAUGUCACUUAAUUGAUAAUGUUUUCUGCCUGAUAUAGAGCCCUGUAUAAUUCAAAUUCUUACAAAUUCCUGUACUAAAGAUGAGUAAAAAUGAAUUUGCAUUAAAUUAUAUGUAUGAUAUCUUUCAAAAGACCAAUUUUAGAUGGGACAAGAGUGCACUAGUUUUCCAGUUGUAUGCAAGCCCUCAGUCAGUGCGCAGGGAGUGUUGGGCAGGAACGUACAUUAUAUGAAAGGUAUCAUUUUUUUGCUGUAACUUUCUUUUAUGUGGGACUGUGUAGGUUUGUUUCCAACUUCGCCAUUUAUUCUUUGUCCUACAGAAUAAAAAGCGCUGUUGUCUAAACCACUGAGCCUCUUGAGCUUGCUGAUCAGAAGGUCGGUGGGUCGAGUCCGCCCAACAGGGUGAGCUCCCAUUGCUCUGUCCAAGCUUCUGCCAACCUAGCAGUUUGAAAGCACACCAGUACAAGUAGAUAAAUAGGGAAUAUAAAUGGCAUUUCCGUGCACUCUGUCUUUGUCAUAGUGUUCUGUUGUGCCAGAUGCGGUUUAGUCCUGCUGGCCACAUGACCCGGAAAGCUGUCUGUGGACAAAUGCCAGCUCUCUUGGCCUGAAGCGAGAUGAGCGCCACAUCCCAUAGUUGCCUUUGACUGGACUUAACCAUCCAGGGAUCCUUUACCCACAGAAUAAAAAACUUGCUCAUAGUGCAAUUCUUAGAAGCUUCCAUAUGUCAAACAAGAUUCAACCCAACAUUCAGCUCAAUCUCACAGUCCGGGUUAUGAAAGACCACAGCCCCUUUUUCUCCACUUACACAGCUCCCUUGGCUGGAAUCUGUUGUUAAACAGAUUUAAAACUGGUUUAAACAGUCUGCACUACUGCAGCAGUAGUAUCUGAGAAGCAAAAUGAGAAAUUGAGUGAGAGCUUGGUUGGGUAGCUUAUGUUUUAUACUAAAGAGUUCUCUGUUGCAGUAAAGAUAGCCACCUUGGCAUAAACUUGUUUAUAUUUGGUGGCUACAAGGCAGGUAGAUGCUCAGACCAACAACAAGCCCACCUUGCUCAUGUCACAUAAUCCUGGGCAGCUAAAGCAGAAGCACUGCCCUUUGUGCCCUUGGCUAAGCACAUUUUUUGGAUUCGAGUGUUCGUCUUGUUUUGUCGCAUCUUCUCUGCUUGUAGUUUUCAUAAUUCUCAGGUGGUCAUUAGGUUCUUGAGAGAUUAAUGAGAAAGCUCCUAGCAAAGUGUACUUGAAGACAACCAGUAUGACACACAUAAUAUCAGACUCCAUUACACUUCCUUUUUCCAACAGUAAAUCUUUAGAAAAAUGUAUCGAUUUUCUUCCUUCCAAGGUUCUGCACUCUGGGUGAACUUAGUUCUGACAAAACAAUAGUAGAUAAUUUUUCUUUACUAGCCAGCUGGCCUUUAAGUGUGCAUUUUCAAUGGCAUCCACUUGCAAACUCAAAUCCAAAUAAACAAGAAAUAUGAUUUGCAAGCUGAUUUAGGGAAUCAAUAUUGGCUCUUAGUCAGUUCUUAUGCUUAUCAGCAUAUUCUAAAUCAUUGACCUUACAUCGAACUACUUGGUUUUAAUUGCACAUUAGGGGAUAAAUGUUUAGUGUCGUAUGGCUCAUUAUUUCUCUCUCUCUCCUCUUUAGCAUUGACAAAAAUGCAGCAAAAUAUUUGAACAGGAUUAUAGGGAUUACUUUGGGAAAUUAUUGUAUAAUUAGAUUCUUACUGCAGUUUGUUCAUUUUGCAUGGUAUGCAUCUAGCUGUAGGCCUGCCAGAAGCAAAAAAACUAAAAACUUGUCUUGGCUAUCUGACUCCCCUGUGGUUCCCACCACGUAGCUCAUGUUAAUAUCUCCUCAUUGUUUGUUUGAACUUUUAUCUGAAAUGUUUUGAAGGCUGCCCAGGGGUUCGAGUAAAUAACGUUGGCCUAUAGGCAAACAACUCUAUGAAUUAUAUAACAUUUAUUCAGCCUUUUUAUUGAAACUUCAUUCCACACAAAUCUUCAACAGCAUCAGGUCUAGAUUAACUAUUUUUCUAAAUAUGCUACAGCAGCACAAAGCUUUCAUUGAAUCAACAGACCAGAAAUCUCCCUGAUACUAAGCUGUGUGUUGCUCAUCCUGCUCCCAAGAGUCAACUAGUUUUUAAAAAUUCCAUAGGCAGCUGUACCUUUUGUUACAUAAAGUAGGAGCAAUGAACAUAUUCCCAGAAUAUGGUGGAACGCUCUGCCACAAGAGAUUAGGGCCCUGCGGGACUUGACAUCUUUCCGCAGGGCCUGCAAGACAGAGCUGUUCCACCAAGCCUUUCUCCAGGGCACAGCCUGACUCCCUCCUUUGGCAAUCUUCACAGAACUCUAGCCCAAUGAUGUUGUUGUUGUUUAGUCAUUUAGUCGUGUCCGACUCUUCGUGACCCCAUGGACCAGAGCACGCCAGGCACUCCUGUCUUCCACUGCCUCCCGCAGUUUGGUCAGACUCAUGUUUGUGGCUUCGAGAACACUGUCCAACCAUCUCGUCCUCUGUCGUCCUCUUCUGCUUGUGCCCUCAAUCUUUCCCAACAUCAGGGUCUUUUCCAGGGAGUCUUCUCUUCUCAUGAGGUGGCCAAAGUAUUGGAGCCUCAGCUUCAUGAUCUGUCCUUCCAGUGACCACUCAGGGCAGACUUCCUUAAGAAUGGAUGCAUUUGAUCUUCUUGCAGUCCAUGGGACUCUCAAGAAUCUCCUCCAGCACCAUAAUUCAAAAGCAUCAAUUCUUCGGCGAUCAGCCUUCUUUAUGGUCCAGCUCUCACUUCCAUACAUCACUACUGGGAAAACCAUGGCUUUAACUAUACGGACCUUUGUUGGCAUCUAGCCCAAUGGUUGCCAUCAAUUUGAUUUGAAGUAAUUUUUUAUUGAAAUUAUUUUAGAAUGGUGUAUUAUUUUAUUGUUGUUAGCCGCCCUGAGCCCGGCUUCAGCUGGGGAGGGAAGGAUAUAAAUAAAUUAUUAUUAUUAUUAUUAUUAUUAUUAUUAUUAUUAUUAGAUGUGCGCAUUUAGUCAACCAACAUUGGCUCAGUACGAUGAGCAUAUUUAAGCCAUUCUUUCUUUCCCACCAUCCUCAGUGUGUUAAGAGCAGUGAAAACCAACUUUGUGGGCAAAUACGCCAUCAAGUUCAGAGUAGGACAUAAUAGUUCUAAAUACAAUCCUCACUUCUCUUUGCCUUGGCAUAGAUUUGCUUCUGGUUCCUUAUGAGUUGGAAAGUAGCUUUCAGGCUAUACUUGGAGACGCAGACAGAAGUGUAGGCCUCUUUCCGUUUCAUAGCCUGCAACAAAUUCCUAUUAUUUGAGCUACUUGUGGCCCCUGUGGUGAGGGUGGCCAUCCAUUGUCCUAGAGCCAGAAUUCUAUAGCAAAAAAUUACGUAUGCAACAGAAUAUCUUUCCUUCGUAACCAGCUUGUUGCUUGAGAAUCUGUAGCAAAUGUGAGAAUCUGAAAUACAACAUCAAAUUAGCAGCUUGGGGGUAGUUUGGAGUCGCAGAAUUAGAAUUUCCUCAUCCUUGUUCCUUUGCCACUGACAUUCUACUUCCUGGUUUUGCUAGCAGCUGAUUGUCACCAGCCUACUGUAGGCCUUAUCUGCUGACUAUACUCAUUAUUAGUCCCCCCCCCCCGCACCUAUGCAGUUCACACAGGAAGGAAAGAGUUUGCCUGCUCUUCUUGCAGGGACAGCUUCAGUAUCUGGCCAUCCUGUUGUGCUCUUGGGUAUGUGGAAAGAGGCCAGAUUCCCCAGAUUUGUUUUUUGGGAACAAGGAGAGAGCGUCACUUAAACUGGAUACGAUGAUUUGCAAAAGCAACGUAACAAACUAUCUUUCUGCUUUUUUUUCUUUUUCCAGAGGUUGAAGACUUUGAAGCAUUUUGUGUCAAGCCAUCCAGUUUGCAAAACAGAUGGGAUUUGGUUCUACCAAACCUUUCUUCUGGGAAAAUGCACUGA